AUGGCGGACGAUACGAAAGAAGACACGAGUGUGUUGGAAGGUUUGCUAUCCACCAGUGAUCACCUGGAAUCACUAGAAUCACUAGAUCCAGCUUUCACUACAAACACCGGAUCAUUUAGGCAAAGACAUGUUUCGGAUUCAGUAAGUUUGGCUUCAUUUUUCCAUUUUAGAUACAAAAGCAAAUUGUAUAUUUGGGUAACAAAAACUAAACUACAGAAAACCCGGCUAGUUACAAUGAUUUGGCUGUUAAAGUUAGCCACUAUUUGGAGAGCGCCAUACCGACAUUUCUCUCAAUCGAAGACACUGACAUCUUGUAUGCGUUGAGAGCUAGGCCAGAAAUCAUUGCAGUUUGUGUGAUGUGGCCAUAUCUUUGUACCUUGCCUUCAGCCUUGCCAUUCAAGAGGUGUAAGGAACUCGAAACAGAGUCAUGAAGGACUGAACAACGUCAUUUUAACUGGAGAUUUUGUCCAAUCAUGAAAGCUUAACAACUCUAAUAGAAUUUUGAAACUCAAAUUUCGAGUGACCGCCAAAAUUUUUAGUGAAUUUAUUUAAUGAUUUCAGCAUGUCUUCUCUGGACACAUGUCAACAGGCGGUGACAGAGCUUUAGGAAACAUAAAAAAUACUAACCAUAAGACCUGUUAAUUUUGACUUGUAAUAACCCUGAAUAUUUGUGUUAAGGUUCAUAUAUUAGUCAGGGGCUUAGCCAGGAUUUUUCAAAGGGGGGGGGGGAUUGUCACACUCUGUUAAACAGAGGGUACCCACCAGUUUUUGCCACCUGAAUAUUGUAGGUUGUUAGCUUAAAAAAAGGCUUGUAAAGGGAGGGGGGGAAGGGUCAUGGGAACCCUAGGAUCCCCCCUAACCAUACCCUUUUCAAUUGAAAAAUUAAGCAAUUCAUUCAUGGAAAUCUACUGUUGUAGGUGGACAUUGAAGUUGAUGUACCAGAGGUGGUAAACAUGCCAUCAUUAGAAAGUAUCCUGAAUGAGGUACAGUACUUCUAUUGUGAAAAAGCAUAGAACCUCCAGUCCUUCUUCUCGAACCUGUCUGUCUAAUGAUCCUGGAUUUGAAAGUGAUAUUGAAGUUCAUAGAUAAUUUUUUUAGAACAGUGAAUAAAAUAUGGUAUUUUAUUUAAAUUGAGAUGUUGGGCUGUUUCUUUUGACAGUAAAAAGGAAGGAAAAAUAACUGAGUUCAGUUUUACAGAGCUGCUACUCUCAGAAAACUAUGGAGUUGAAUCUAUUGCUAUUAUUAUAGUCAUCAGCAUAUGGUCUGAAACUAAAUUGAUUUAACUUUAACCCCUUAACUCCCAGAUCAAAUUUUUAAUUCUCCUUACUGUCAACCAUACAGUUCUUACAAUGUUAGUUCUGAGAAUUUAGUAUUGGAUUAACUGAUUACCCCCAAAUUGAUAUAUUUCUUUAUUCUCACCACUUGCCUGCUUGAUAUUGUAUUGAUACUGUAAGGAGAAAUUCUGUCUUGGUCACUCAUGGGAGUUAAAGGGUUAAAAAAGAGAACACUUAGAUGAAGUAGGUGAACAAAUUGAAUAGUUCCUUGGUAAAAAAAUGUUGGUAAACAUUAUUUUAUGGUUGUCAUUAUUUCACACAGAAAGAUGAAGACAUCAUUUCAUUAGAAGAUGACCCUGAUCUUGCCAACAUCCUUGAGAACCAAGCACUGUCUUCUUCUCUUGACUUGGAUCUUGGGUGAGUUCUCAGUGAAUGUGCAGGGUAAAAAGUUUUUAAGUAAAUACUGCUCUUGUGCCUCAUUCAAACAACAACAACAACCACAACCAUAGCAGGAAAAACUACCACAAAAAACAAAAACUACCCCAAAAAAAAAAAAAAACCAGCAGUUGAAUGUUAGAAUAUUAAGUUCUUGGUCAUUACAUGUGGACUUUAUGGUGCUUGCUUUGUAUAUUAUGAUUCCAAGCUAAAUGAUUUUCUUUCCAGUUUUCCUUAACACAGUUGGUUGUUCAUAGUAUAUGAACCCUGUAGUUGCAUACUGUAGUUUCAGUUUUAAUGUUCUUGCUUUUGCCUUUGCCUCUUUUAGAUGUGAAGUAAUUAAUAAUUAACAAUUAAUUAAUUAAUAAUUAAUAAUUAAUUAAUUAAAUAAUAAUAAAUUAAUAAUAUUAUCUUUGCCUCUUUUACAGUUCAGGAAAGAAAGUAAAAAAAACUAAACAUGGCUCUGUUUUGCGACAUGUUGUGUUGAAAAGUGUUUCCAGUCAGAUGGUUUCUGCAUCAGUAAGUGCUAUUAUAUAAAUUUUGUAAUAUUUAAUUAGUAUUAAUUAUUAGCAUGAUAAUAAUUUCCUUGCUCUGAUACAAAUUUAAUGAUUGAGAAAGAUGGUUUUAUCGUCUUGUCACUAACAUGGGACAAAGAAAAAAUUCUGAGUCCUCAUGAGGAAUUGAACCUCAGACCUUCAGAUUCCAUGCUCUGAUGCUCUACCACUGAGGCACAGAGACUAUGGUGAGCAAGGCUAUAAAAUUUUUCCUUUGUCCUUUCACUUGUGACAAGAUGAAAAAAAUGUCUUUCUCUAUUUCCUUACUGAGCUCAAAACUUAGCAUCUCUCUUAUUCUAUUUACAAACAUGAUGCUAUUGACAUUGCUGAUCCUCGCAUUAUGCAGGAUGCAUGUUAUACAUGAACUUCAUAAUGGGCCUCGCCCACGAUAGUCUCUGCGGCUCAGUGGUAGAGCAUCAGAGCAUGAAAGUUGAAGGUAUGAAGUUCGAUUCUUCAUGGGGACUCAGAAUUUUUUCUUUGUCUCAUGCUUGUGACAAGACAAAAAAAUAAAACGUCUUUUUUUUAAAAUUUUCUUUACUGGGCUCAAAACUUACCAUCUUUCUUAUUAUAUUUACAAAUUUAAUGAUAUUUCAAAAUUUUGAUAAUGAAAAAUUUUUCACCCAAAUUUCACUUUUCAAUUAGGUCUAUUUUGUACCAUUAGUUGAUGCUUGUAGGCUGUGAACAAUAUGAAAAGCAAAGUACAGAAGAACCUGUAUUAAGUGGCACCAUAUUAAGCAGUCACUUUGUAUUAACCCUUUACCCCCCAAGAUCUCAAUAGUAAUUCUCCCUAUCGUCUGCCAUAAAAUACUUAUGAUUUUAAUUUGGAGAAUUUGGUAUUGGAUCAACUUGUAGUCCCCUAGUUGAGUUUUUUUCUUUAUUCUUCUCACUUGUCUGCUUGAUUCUUUGUUGAUAUAGUAAGGAGAAAUUCUCUCUUGGUCACUCAUAGGAGUUAAAGGGUUAAGUGGUCAGUUGUCAAAGUCCUGAAUUUUUUCCCCUUAAACACUGUAGUUUUUACCUCUAUUAACUGGUUGUGGUUACCUUAGAGUGAGUCCCAAUGGCCUCUUUGUAUUGUCCUCCAUCUGUACUGAACAAUCACUAAAGCAGAACCACUCAAAUAGAAGUAGGAAUAAACUUUCGCAUAGAUUUUGAUGUUUAUCUCCUGAAAUCGAAGUAGUAUUUUUGAGUGACUUAAAGUACAUUAACACUUUAACUCCCACGAGUGACCAAGACAAAAUUUCUCCAUAUAAUAUUGAGACAAUAUCAAGGAGACAAGUAAUGAGAAUAGACCGAAAUUUUGAUUAUGUCGAUCCAAUAUCAAAUUCUCCAAAGGAAUGUCAAAAGAAUUGAAUAGCAGACAGUAGGGAGAAUUUCUAAUGAGAUCUUGGAAGUGAAAGGGUUAAGUUUUCAAGUAUAGCAUAAAAUUAUGUUUUUCUAUUGUUUUUCACAACACACUUUAUCUGUGGAACCUGUAAUUUUUGUCAAGUUCAAAUUUUAAAUUUUAUGUCAAGGAAAUCUCCGUUUUUGAACCUACUGGUAGGUCAAUAUUUAGAGACGAAGAAGUGAUUUUUCCCUUUUUUCGAUAGGCCAGAGUGGAUGCUGGUUUGCCAACAGCCAUGGUAAAUAAAUGUAUUUUCAAUGUUAUAAUGAUCUAUGUCCAAUUGUUUAGUCUGUUAUGAUAAGGAUUAAAAGACCACUUGGGUCUGAUAGAAAAUGGGAAAUAUGGAAAAUACAUCUAUUGGCAUAUGCUUGGAAUGGACUGUGCACAAAUAGGGGAGGAAGUUGACUUGCUGUUCUGCCAAGUGGUUUCAAGUGUCUCAAAACUUGAUUAUUGAUCCUAAAUAUUGAUUCUCAACUCUACAAAACCAAAACUGGAAAGGAAACCUUCAAAAAUUGACCUGAAAGCUUAUAUUUCAGCUGUAAUGUAAUUCUGUCCCACAAUGCUUUGGUUUACACAAGAGAAUGAUGAGUACCAACAAAAAGUCUCUAAAACUUGUUGGACAAUUCUUGCUAGUUACUUGUUACAGACUACCAUCCAAUGCAGUAGAAGUUCAUGUAACACUGACUGGCCAUGAAGCUUUGAAGAUUAAUGUUUAAUCUGUUUAAUUAAUAAUUGUCAUUUCUUAUAGGCUGUUUCUUCUCUUAUUUGUAUUGGAACAUCUCAUGGAGUGGUGCUGGUUUUUGGUAAAGAAAAUCAUAGUUGUAUUGAUUAACACAUAUGAGUAUAAGUCAGAGAAGAUGAUGAACAUACACAGUGCAAUCAUAAGUCUGUUGAGAGGCUAUAUGCACAAUGUGUUUGAGAAUAACUAUUGGAACUCUCUUGUACUUUUAGUCUUCAUGGAACAAUUCAAAGAAUGCUUGUUACAGUUGUUUAAAAUCUAGUACGGAAAUAAUCACUGCAAGGGUUCAUUUGGGCAGCCCAGUUUUUUUUUACAUAGGUACAGGAUGUGAUUAUUGAUUGAGCUUUAAGUUCAUUUUUUUCGUCUUAGAUCCUCAACAAACACUUAAGCUGGUUCUUGGGAACACAUCACUUGGUAAGAAAUGAAUGCAUUUUUAUCAAUUUCCAUGUUUCUAUUUAUUUCAAUAAAAAUUGUUAAAUUAUUUGGAAAAAUAGUAGAUGGCUUGGUUGAUUAACGCGAAAGAGUAUUCCAUUACAUUAUUCCAUUACAUUAUUCCAUUGAGUAACAUGUUCAUAUGUGUCAGAGAUGUUACAAUCUGUUAAUGAAACACUGAUUAAAGUGACAAGAUUAACAUAUGCUGAAUAUCUUGUAUUUUUUUUUAACUAAUAAUGUUACAGGCGCAGAGUAUGGAGCUGUUACUGCACUCGGUAUCAAUAUGGAAUGUACAAGACUUCUUUGUGGACAUGCAAGAGGCCAGGUAAUAUGAAGUUGCAAACUUCCCCUUUCAGUAACAUUGAUGUUAAUACAAGUGUAUAAUUUAGAAUAUACCACACUGAAGCCAAAAAAUUGCUUUAUUUUCUUUAAUAUACCAAAAAAUUGGUUUGAAAUUAACUUGUUAACAUGUAUUUUGUCUCUUCGGCUGCUCAGAUGUGCUAAUCACCUCCAAUUCAGCCAAUCAGGGCAUGUGGAAAGCACUAUUCACCUAUGUGGUAUACACUGAUAAUCUAAUUAGUUUUUGAGUGUUCGAAGAACACAAAAAAAUAUAUUGACCAAUCACACAGGGUAUAUAUCUACAGGGAAGUUGCAUUGUCAAAAAUAAUGCCGUUGAAAAACUAUGAAGCAAGACAUCUAAUACACCAUUUUUAUAUAGCUACGUAUAUGAUUAUUUUUUUCAGAUAACUAUGUGGGAUUUGCAGUCUGGAAAAUUGUUGAGACAAAUCGCCGAUGCCCAUCCCAUGGGUAGUGCAGUGCUGCAUGUUGUGGUAAGAAAGUGUAUAUUUUUUGAGCCAUUUGAAAAGCAUUUUUGUUUUCUUAAAAUUUUGUGGCUGUAAAAAACUGUUUCUAGAAAGGGGUUUUGUACAGUUAUAAACAAAUUGCUAUGCAGGAGAGUGAGAAAAGAAAAGGAGCAAAUAAAAAAAAAACGAAAGAAACAUUUGCUUGCUUUUUCAUUUUUUCCCGCGGGAAGUUUACGAUCUAACCUCGUCUUCGCGUACUCGACUCAGUCUUCCUGGGUCACGUCCAAUCGUACAGGAACAUCUGUCAAAGCCACAUCAGCUAUAAAGCACCUACCAUUCUAUUUUUAAAUGUGGCUGUCAAUUUUCUGUUGUUAUUUAUUGUGUAACCCAUUCGCAGUUCACAGAUGACCCAACAGUUGCAAUUUGCAGUGACAGUGGCGGUUCUGUGUUUGUUCUCAGCUUCAAGUAAGAAUAAUUUAUAGGAAAUCUUUUUUUUCAAAACGACAUGCAAUUAAUUGUUCAAGUGAAAAAGUUGCAUUAUUAAGUAAUUUUUGCGAUCACAUCUUGUUACUGGAGAAAACAACGAUCACCUAAGACUAAUUUUCCCAUGAAGAAGAACUUCUGAAUCAGAGAGGGCAAGUUUACCUUUGCAAGAGUUGAAAUGUGACAGGAAUUACUUUGGCGCUGUUUUCCUGUUUAGCUUUGGAAGUCGACCAAACCAAUUUUUCGGUGAAAUUUUUCAUCGUACGUCGUAUUGGUCUCUACCACGUAAUAUGUUUGGUCUAGAAAACUCGUGUCAUCCUCUUAACCAAUCAGAUGGAGCACCGAAAAUUGGUCACGCGUUGGUGGCUUGUGUUUUCCCGCGCUUUUGGAAGUUUUCUUGUUUUUACCUUGAGUUCUUGUUGGCUCGCUGCACUGGUAAAUCAUUGUGACUAUUUAGGUAUCUUUUCAACCACACUUGCUUUAAUUGCGCUGUGAAGGAAGGGCUUUUGAUUAGGGGAAUUUAGUAUUAUUAACAGAGUUAAUAACGUAAACUGGCCACCGUAAAGAGUUUCAAAGCUGACGUUUCGAGCGUUAGCCCUUCGUAAUUCGCUCUGACGUCAGCUUUAAAAUUAUUUAUGGUGACCAAUUUACGUUAUCAACUCAGUUGAUAAUAUUAAAUUACCUUUAGGAAAAAUGCAUGUGUGUGGGACAGCUACUUAUUCAAUGAGUCGUAUUUAAUCAGAUCCAAUGAACGAGAAUGAGCACAGGAGAACAUGGUACGGAUUCAAUGAGAACUCAAAAGAAACCCGGCCUAAAACGUCCAGAAAAAGGGGGAAAAUUGGGCGACUAUCGGCGGCGCCACUUUUCUGAACCAAUCAUAGCGUUACUCAAAAUAAUUUUAAACCUACUUUGAUAUAACUCAUGAAGUUUAUUCUUACAGGAGACUCAUCGGAAUGAGGACGUAUGAAUCAACUUGUUUGUUUUCUGGAAGGUAAUCAAAAUAACAUGGUAUGAUAGAUUGUAACACUUUAACUCCCAUGUGUGACCAAGACAGAAUUUCUCCUUACAAUAUCAAUACAAUAUCAAACAGAUGAGUGAUGAGAAUAAAGAAAAAUCUUAAUUAGAGGAUUAUCAGUUGAUCCAAUACCAAAUUCUCCAAACUAACAUCACAAGAACUAUACUGUAGACAGUAAAGAGAAUUACUAAUGAAAUCUUGGGAGUUAAAAGAUCAAUCUACACUAGGUAUAUGCACUUCACAAGUAAAGUGAUCUGCAUGUAAAUAAUUAUUUUACGUCUGUUUUCGUUCAUUUGAUAAAAAAAAAAACACAACAACAAAAAACAACAACAACAAAAACGAAACAUCAACAACAAAAAAACCAAAAACUUAGUUAUGAGGGUUGGCAACUUUGGAAAAUCGCGUUGGUAAGUGCUCCUGCCGGAUUCGAACCUUAGCAUCAAGUCAAUUCCUCUUAGUGCCUUUCGCCACCCAAGGGUCGAAGUGGGUGUUGACCAACUUCCGAGGUAACCGGGACGAAAUUCCAGAAGGGGAGUUGGGGGAGGGGGUUAAGCUCUGGUGGUCUACCAUCUCAUUUUGCAAAGAAGCAAUAUGCUUCGUGGCAUGGAAACCUGGAAAAGCUCCAGCCGCUUUGCGAAUAAAGGUACACAUGGAGACUUUCCCUUUUUUUUUUAUUAUCAUUGAUUUUUAUUAACUUCAGAAUUAAGAUCUUUUUGAUGACUAUCAAUUGCAUAUUAUUGUCAUGUUUGUUUUCUUUUUUUCGUGUUAUAGCCGCGGUGAAGUGUGCAUGAUGGCACCUCUUCAUUUGCAUGAAGGAAUGAAAGAGCAUCCUCUUUAUGAACAGUCGUUGUUAGCUUUGGCCACUCUUACUAAGGUACAGUAAGACAAGUUCUACUGUAGCAGUUUCCCAUGUUCCAUAUCGUGAUUUUGACUUCUGCUUAUAUAAAGUACUUUGCACUAAUGAAUGAAGGGGAUAAAUUUCUAAAGAAACUGUGUUGCUGCGUUGGUGGGAAAGUAUAACAGGGUCAUUUAGUAUUAUCGACUGAGUUGACAACGUAAAUUGGCCUUCCUAAGGAGUUUUAAAGCUAUUACUAACACUUGGUGCUAGGACUGUGCUCCAGUCGCUGACGAGGAAUUUAUAGCAUUAAGGAUACAAGUUUGAUUGUGCAUUCGAUGGUCAAUAAGCCAAAAUGUAACAAUGCCUUCAUUCUUCGCGAACUUAAGGCAUAUAUAUUAACGGUGUCCCAUAUGUAUCAAAGAGCUUAUAUUCUACUACUUUUGUUGCGUUUGUUUACAGGUUCUGGUCUUAACACUGAAGCCUGAGCUCGAGGUCCUCUUUACUCACACUCUAAAGGUACAAAUGUUGGAAGUAACUUUAAAAGUUGUAAAUCUGUAAUUGAAAUCUAAAAGGUGGUAAAUUUUGAACUCCCAUGUGCAAUACAGAAAGCUUUUAUCAGCAUAAUCAAGCACCUGAGACAAAGAAAAGUUUUCUACGAGUAAUCGGAGCUCAGACCUUUGGAUCUCGUGGUCUGAGACGGUGGGGAAGGUAGGGAGGGGGGAGGGCGAGGCCAUCACUUGAUCAAGUGCGAUUGGUGUUUGUUUUUUCUUUUCGUCGUCCCUCAUCCAUGAUAAAACGAAGUACAACCAUGACUAGCGUGAAAGUUCCUGAGUUCUUAAUGUUAAUGGCGGUAAAAACUAUCCCCAUUCUCCUCUGCGCCGACCGAAGUGGCAAUAAUUAUCUUUCUUAUCUCUUCACCGAGCGGAUUUUGCUUGUCAUUCUUAUCCUGAUUUCAAAUCUCGCGCUGAGAUAUUCGACUUAGCAUUUUAGUGUUUCAAGCCUUUUUUUUUUGCAACCAAAGAGCAUUACCCCUUCGAAAGAUAGAUACGACCGAAAAUGGUACGCUCUUUUAUCCACAGUAGUCUGAUUGUCAAACUCCAACCAAACCCACCGUUUGAUUUGACUUUUUUUCGUAGAAAUAUUUUAAGGUAAAUUUUGACAAGUUCGUGUCAAUUCCCCCUCUUAUCUCUCUCAAUGAGCGUACAUUAUACUCAAGCUGAAAGCCCCACUGAAUUUUAACAUUUGCUUUUCUUUUUCAACUGUUUAUAAUUAUGUCUUUCCUUAGGGCCCGGCUGAUUCUCUGCCGCUGUUGGCCUGGCAGUUUGCCAUAAUUCAAGUGGAGUCCAAAAAAGUCAUUGAUCCGGUGGGUAGCUAAAUUUCUGUCAAGAAGUCAAUAUAUUGACUGAGGAAAGAGUUCAAACAAAGUGAAAUAAAGCAAUAAGGAAAUAAAGUUUCGUGAUCUAUUCCAAUUUUUCAGGAAGUCAUUUUUUUAAAGUUUCGUCAGAAUAUUUUGUGUCGUUCAGUGCGACAUGUAAAAGUACCUUUCAACUUGUUAAAGACCACAAUGAUGAACUUGAGAAUUUAACUGUACACUAAAUUUCCUUUCACCUGCGGAUGAAUAUCAGGCAAAGAAAUGAUCCUGGCAGGUGGACUGCAAUUUUGCAGGGCAAAUGCAGGAAGUAAGGCUGAAAAAAUUCGGGUUUCGCAGUUCACCUGCGAGGAUCAUUUCUUUGCUUAAGUAUGCUUGAGUGUUUCAAGGUAACCAAUAUUUGACUGUGUUCCUCGCAACAAAGUAAUCGUUGGAACAGAACUGACCCCAUUAACGCUUGAAGUUGCCAAAGUGCUGGUACACCUCGGGCAGCAACGAUUGUGUUGUGGUUGGAGUGCGUGUCGGUCGAAUUUCGACCCUUUCCGUCUUCUAACCCUCCAAAUGCCGAUUGUUCACCAAGUAUGUGGACGAGCUACGAUCGACGGCGUACUUUUGACCGAUUCUGUCUGAUAAUUGCCAAAGGGCCGUUUUUACAACUAAUUAUGUUGGACGACUGUCUAUCGAUAGUGGGCCGAAGAUCUGGUCGACGCAUUCGAUGGAUUGGCCCACUCAAUACCACACGGAAAUAUCUCUUAGUUGAAAGUUGACUGAAGAGUUCAAGGACAGACGCGCAAAGUCGCUUAGGUGGAGAAGGGCCUUUAAAUGUGGCGUUUCCGCUGUGAUUUGGAAUACGGAACACGAUGUGUCAAACAACUGCGCAUUUCCCUAUUGCAAUUAUGUUGUUCAAUAAUUUUACAUGAGACAGCUUCAGGGUUAUUUUAUGACAAUGAGGUAUUUAUUGUUUUAUAUUCUUAGAAAGUAAUCAUUAUUGACGCGUUCAAUUUUCCGUAGGUUCUUGCCUUUGGGAGGGGAACUGAAAUUUUCUUUUAUCAGGUAAACGUUUCUUUGCAUGUUUCAACCAUCAUCGUGGCAAGCUAGUGGUUACUGUUCAAAAUUAUUUUUGGAAAACAUUUUGGUCAGGAUGAAAGCAAUUGUUAGUUAUGCUCUAAGGAACCUGUUUAACUUUUGAUUGGAAAAGAUGGGAAAUUUUGAGUACGAUCGUUGGGUAUCGAAGUAUGCAUUUAAUUUGUCAUCAGAGUUGCACAUCGCUGAUCUCAUCAGUAAGUAGGACGCUUGUUACAUCUGAUCUUAGUAUAUGGCCUCGCUUACUAAAGAGUUUUCUGUAGUUUGGUGUAGAGCAUCGAGCCGCGAAAAUUUGAAUAUCUGAGUUUUAAUCCUCGUUGGAGAUUCUGUGGUUUCGUAGCUCAGUUGGUAAUAGCAAAGACACGGGUUUAAAUCCCGUCGAGGCCUGAAUUUUUUUAAGCUUCUUUCUUCGGAACUUCAGCUCAUUUGCGAGGAUCAUUAUCUAUUUGUACUCAGAUUUUCUUCUCUUGUCUUGCUCUCACAAUCACUGAAUUCGUAUCUUUCUCUGUUUAAACUUCAGUUUUCCUGUUUACUUCACAGGCCCAUUCUCAAGGGGAAAAGCAAGUCAGAUUUAUGUUCCUACAAAGAUUUGAGAGUUCGUAUAAGCUCACUGCUCUUCAUGUAAGUAUGAGGUGUGGGCUUAGUUUGGGCAAAUGCAUUCAUCAUUUAAGGACUCUACACCGUUUUUUUAAUGCCUGAAAGUAAGACAAACUUUAAAUUCCCUAGGAAAAAAAAAUCAAUUGUGAGUAACUUGUCCAGUUAUAAAUCUAAUUGGAUUUCGGCGAAUCUUGCUCGAGUGCGGUCCAUCUACGCGGUUCGUACCAAAGUGAAUAUGGAACUUCCGAAUGUUCUUUUCCCUCGGUUCCCAAAGCAAUAUCUAUGUAGUUUGACGGGGUAGUUUAGUUUUAUCAGCUGAGUUGAUAACGUAAAUUGGCCACCGUAAAGAGUUACGGAGCUGAAGUUUCGAGCGUUAGCCCCGUCAAAACUUUAGCAGGUCCUCCUUCAGGAGGCACCAGAAAAUGGAACUCCUCAGUAUUUUCGUUAUUUAUUUUUUUUUAUCGGCGCCCGUUAGGUAUGAAUACAUUGUAAUAUUCUGCUGUUCGUUUACUCCUAGUGGCUGAACCCACAAGUAAUCGCUACAGUAGACGCGCUGGAGAGAGUCCAUGUCAUUGAUGUGCGAAGUAUGGAAGAACUUGAGGUGAAGAUGAACGUGUGAUGAACGAUUUCAGUCGCAGGAAAAUCUGAUUGGUUGUGGUUUUCAUUUCUAGACCAAAAGCACAUGCCAAAUGCCAAAUCAAACGGCAGUUAGCCUGGAGGAAACGUCAGCAAGGCUUUUUCUGUUUAACAAAUAGAGAAGCCUUGAUAUUUGGUUCAAUUUCUUGCAGUCGGUUUCUUUUGCAGUGACUGGUGUGAAUUGCCACUCAACGUUAGGCUCCGAUGUACUUUACUGUGAUGACCGGAGAUCGCCAUGAUGAGCGAGCCGCGAUGAACUUCGGCAUUAUCAUAUUACAGACACCGCAGAAUUUUAACAAUUAUGCCAGUUUUUUAUAUUUUUCAUCAUUUCUGUUUUGUUCUGUUUUGUUUUUGAACACUGAACUUUAUAUACUAUACGAGUGUUAGCCGUGUUUGAUUUUUAUUACCGGAGGCAAUCUAACUGAGCAUGAAAAUCUUUAAAACUCGGAAUGUUUAUUUUGUUUUUCCUUUGAGGAAUCUGUUUUUAACGUAAAUUACGGCGCCUGGUAUGUUUACAAACCUUUGUUUGAAAACUUCAGUUCCGAAAUUUCACUUUCAAUUAUCGGGUAAAAAGAAGUCCCGGAAAAGGUCGAAAAUACGAAAACAAAUUUUCAGUUCUAUGCUCUAUUAUUCAACCAAUGACCGAUGAGAAUAAUUUUCGUUAUUAGAGCUGAAAGGCACACAAUGGUAAAUCAAAACAAAUUUUCAAAAGCCGAUGAGGAAGACGUGCCAAAACCGGGAAGACGUGGGUUACCAAGGUACGGGUGGUAUUCGUACUGCUCGGGUUGAUUGAGAGGACGGCGCAGGUUUUUGUUUCGCCAAUCAAAGAAUGAAGUGAAGCAAAAACAAAGCACUGGAUUGUUGAUUAAUGCUCCUCUUCUUCCUGCCGUAGAUCAACCAACUGAGAAUUCUCGAACUUCCCUCGCUACCAUGCUUAUUUAACCCUUCAUCUCCCAAGAUCUGAUUCCUUAUUCUCCCCUCCAGCUUCUACUCAUUCCCUUGUAAAUUGGUUAUGAGAAUUUGGUGUUAGAUCAAGAUAACAACUUGUACCCUUCUAAGUUUGAGUAUUCUCAUCACCUGUUUGCUCGAUAACGUAUGGAAAUUAUUGGGAGAAGUUACUUGUUAAUCACUUCAGAGAGUUAAAGGGUUAAAGAAAACAAAGUGUGAACAAAGAAGGAUAAAGGUUUACUUAUGGCCCAAAAGCAUUACUGCAGAACCUAGAAGAGACAAAUUUCCCGUGUAGGUCUUAUUUCAAAUGCCGUCCCUCUCAAUUGAAUUUGGUAUCCGCGAGGUUGUUACAUGAACCAAGCUCUCUGCGUGAAUGUUGUGUCAAGAAAGACCAGGAAUUCCACACACAACUGGUUAUUUCGAUAUUCUCAUGCGAAUCAACCUCGCUCCGUUACUUGAUCACGUUAUGCAUCAGGUUCUCAUCAUGCGUUACGUCCACACACGCAUCACGUUCUCGUCACGCACUACGCUCCAAUCAUGCAUCGCGCUUUUUCUGUUGGUGAGGAAGAAGGUUGGAAUAAACGCCACAUUGGGAGUGUAGUCUGAUAGUUUAAUUUUUUUCUUGAUUUAAUCAACUGUUUUUUUUUCAUUCUCAGGUAGCCGCCAGUGAACAUUCAUGUUAUCAGACAGUAGUGGUAUUUAAUGGACAACAAUUACUCCUGGGUGUCAAGGUAGAUCAAUUUUUUGAACUAUAGAAUAUAAAGAAGAAGGGUAUAUCAUGAAAUGCCAAGGUAUAUUUUCAAGAUUUCGCGGCACAACUAGUUACAUAGUAGGGUGAAAACUUACUGGCUCCUAAAUACAUCGAAAGAAGUAAGCUGCGCACAGGCUGUGACUAUCAAAUUCAAAGAACUUAAAUGAACGUUUGGUAAAUUUCUAAGGAACUGUUUUAUGAUACAAUGGAUUUUUUUUUGUGUAAAAAUUUACCCUGAAACCACCAAACACCAAAAUGAUAAGGAGACAGAACGAGGGUAUGUAAUGAUGAAGGAUUGCAAGAGAGCGUUAGAAACAUUUGGACUCACAAUACUUUACACUCCGAAUGAUUAAUAAUAAAGUUUAAUCGACACAUAAAUAUUCAGGAUACCGUGAUGACACUUUUAUGGUUCACAUAUUCAUUUAUUUAUUUUUUACCUUUAGUCCGUCCAUGUAUUGACACUAAGGAACUGGCGCGAUGUAAGUUCAGACUUCAUAAUGAUAGUUUUUAAGAUAUCUACAUAAAGAUUUGAUCAACAGAAUCAGUUGAAAAUAGGCAAAGGGUCAGGUUGUGAUGACUUCUUUGUUAUAUUCCUCAAGAUUCUUACGCGAUGAGCAACUUUUGAUUGCAAAGCUGAAGGGGGCGGGGAGGGGGCACUUUGAUUUCCAAGGCGUCCACUAAGGGUGCGUACCUUAGAGGGUCGCGAAAUAGUGAGGCGCAUGGAGAAUACUUAAUUUGAUUUAUUGCUGUUUGUAUUUUGUUUGUAUUUUAGAGGAUUGAAGUUUUCGUAAAGCAAAAUAACUUCCUGGACGCUCUAGAACUGGCACUGUCUUUUUAUGAUGGCACUGCCAUGGCUGUGAUCGGUAGGUAAACACCUCUGAUGGCGAUCACAGUAUUUCCUCAGGACCUUCGUUCUUAUCAUUUAUCACACUGAAAGAAAAGAUCUAUCUGCCCAAAGGCAGACACGUUAAUUAUUUGAUGUGGGUAUUGAUCUCCAGCUUUUGUCGUAAUUUGAAACAGUUGAUCACGGCAUGAUCCAAGUAAUCGCGGAAAAAGUUUGGUACAAACUCAAAUUUCUAACUUUUGAUCUCCCAAAACCGCCCUUCUUUCUUGUUCAAUAUAAACUGAUUAUUGAUAUUCUUUUCCAGGUUUAAUUGGAAAUAAAGAGCAGAGAUCAACAGAAAUUGCUGCACAGGUAAACUUUUAAUUAGCGGUUAUAAAUUGCGUUGAUUCCUUAAAUCAAGACUAAUACUUAGCAUAGAAAACUACUCAGAUGUCACAGGAAAACAAAUUUGGAUCAAACUUUCUUAUCGGAAAGACGACAUCUCUUCUCGAUGCGGAUCCUCAAAAAGAAACCAAUAAAUGAAUAAAUAACAACUUUGAAGAACCCCCGCACACAUUCGCGGACAAAAGAAAGAAGAAAAAAGAGAAAUGAUAAUCCAAAAGUGUUUAAUGAAUACCUGAGUUGUUCAUAUUUUGUAACUCGAACAAUUUAGUGUCAUCUACUCGAUAGAAAAUUAGGGGUCGCAGACUGAGUCUCCAUUGUGGUGGUAGAAAAUUCCUCCCAACUUACUGCCUGGCUUGGCUAACAUUUGACGAAUUGUAUUAUUUUUUCUUUAUCCCAGAUAGAGGAACUAUUACUGGCUUAUGUUGAUAUAACAGUAUUCGUAAAUUGCCCAAAGACUAGAGACACCAAGGAGCUGAGAGAUUACUUCAAGGUGAGUUUUUGGUCCAAAUGCUAAGAACUACAAUGUUAUUCUUCCCCAAUAAAAUAUUGUGAUAGCAGAUUGCGUAAAUCAUCGAAAAAAUAAGGUGGAAUAACGUUUAAAAUGACGUAUGGAUGUUAAAUAAAGUGAUCGUUGAUUAAAAAAUUGAUUCGAUGAAACUACAGAAUAUGAAAUAAAAGUGAGUUGAAAAAGAACGAAAAGGGAAUGAAGGUUUCAUGUUUGAGAAACUUUUAAUGAAAGAACGCCUUAAAACGCCGGGCGAGUCUAUCAGGACGAAACUCCUUCUUUCGGAAAUUCUUAAUAAGGUUAAUAAUUUCUGAUUAAUUAUUGUACUGUAUUUUAUCAUUAGAAUACUCCCUUAUUGCUUUUGUAGGAAAUGGUACCAAUCUUUAUCAAGUAUAGCCUGGCCAUCAAUAACAUGUGAGUUUUAUACAAAAUUUUAAGGAAUGGUCUUCUUCUUCGUUAUCGUUUUUAUUCCUUGAAUGUGUUUGACUUACGGAAAAAGUUUUAAAUCCUGAUAAGAACGAUUAUACUUACUUCAUUUUCACAAGUGAAACACAAUCUCGGCAAAAACAAACAAACAAACAAACAAAACAGAAAUAAAACCGAUCAAGUAUUUAACAAACGAAUUCCAUGUGGCCUUAUGGCCAUGUGUCUGUAAAAAAUCUCAGAUCACGUCAAGCUGUGAAAGUGGUACACGACGUGCAGCUGAGUGUGUCACUGAUGCUCUUACCACAUUCAAAGUCUUCUGAAAUCCAUUGGCGAACAAACGCAAGACAACCACGAAUCGACUUGAUUUAACCCUCUACACCUUUACAUCAGAAUCCACCUUCUCCAUACUCUUCUCUGCAUGUUUCCUUUAGUACUGACAAGGAGAAUUUGUUGAACAAUCAAAGUUUCUUUGGGGUGGCGAUCAUUUCCUUUAUUCUCAUGAUCUUAGUGAAUGAUUCAGCCAUAUUACUGUAAGGAGAAAUUAGAUGUUGGUCACUCUCAGAGUUUAAUAGGGGUUAAGUAAUAGAGAAGUAAAAACUUGUUGAUGAUUACGUUAUAAAUGCAUCUGUUCUCCAAAAGACAGUUAGAGAGAGCCAAUCAAAAGACUUGUGUUUUUCAGCUCAUUAUUUAAAAUGGAACUGAACGUGAAUAAACCAUUCUCAUUCCAUUUGUUAUUGCGACGAAUGGGCUCGAGCACAUUCAUUGAUCGCUGAACAGCAUGGAAUGUGAAACUGAGCCAAUUUUUGUCAAUUUUAUUCUCAAAGGGAUCUCUUAUUCAGAGAGAUUUAUGACAAGUUCUGUGAAGAUCCUGUUGGAAAAAUCGUGUUUCUGGAAAGCUUGGAACCUCAUAUCUUAGCAGACAAGUAAGUUUACUCAGAAGAAAUAAAUUUUUACGAGUUGAAAGAGGUGUAACUGGACGAACCUCUGCGGGACUGCAUUGUUUUAAGGGCUAAUCUUAUAACGUUGUUCACUCAAACCUCACCAAACACAGUAAUUUUAAGUUGAGGGUCGAAAGAACUUGGAACAGCAUUUAAGCAAUCAGACGAUCUGGCCACACUCGUUUUCCCGCGCUGGAAGUCGUACUUCAAUUUGCUUCAAGUCCAUUUUCUUUUUAUUUUUUCUUUUCUUAUUUUUUCUCUUUUUAAAUAUUUGAUGAGUCCCUUUCUUCCCAUUACUCAUUGUUAAUGGCUGGCGUCUUAUUAUUAUUAUUUUUUAAUUCAAUUCAAUCUGAGAGCGCUUUUAUUUUACAUUAACUAACCUAAAAUAACCUCGGAAUGUCCCUGUUUUUUUUUCCUCUUCUUUUUCAGACUAACUUCUUUGAGUCCGAUUGUGAUGAAGGAGUUUAUAGGUAAUGUGAAUCUAUGUAUGUUUUAGGAGGUUUCUAGGCUGAAGUAAAAUCUUGAGUAAACAGAGCUUGGGGUGAAUUUUCAAGCUUAACUUCUAUUUACAAUUCAUCUCUGGCAGAUUCCAUACCAUGACUUCGUAAAUUAUAAACGACCUAUUAGAAAUCACGAAUUGGUCUGUCAGCCUUCGAGGUAGUGAAGAAGGGGUCGAUGGAUAUAUAAUAUAUUUCUCGACCUGCUGGUUUACUCCGGGACCAAUUAUUUUAGCAUAAAAGUAGCAAAGAAAUCAUGUUCAUGAGAAUUCCGAGACCUCUGUCCCAUGAAUAACUUUUUUCCUCAAUUUUUUAGAGCACUAUAACCAGCAAAACAAGCUCAAAGAUGUAGAAUCAUGUCUCAUGCACCUAGAUGUGACAAAUCUGGAUAUACAUCAAGUACGUACACAUGACAUGUCUACAGCGAAUCGCAUCCAAAUCGAAUCCAGUCCCUUGUUUUCAAGCGAAGUGACUUUUGCUAAGACCUCUCCUCUUUCCUCAGAUGGUGAAACUCUGCUGGGCUCACGGCCUGUACGAUGCCAUUUUCUAUGUGUACAACAGAGGCAUGCGAGACUACACUACUCCACUGGAGGUAUUCUUGGAAUUGUAGGACGUUCAUUAUUUAUCGCCUGUGGGGUGGGAUUCGGAGGAUUUUGGUUAUGUCACAAUAAAAGUCACUUGAUCCUCCUUAAGGCUCUGUGGUAUUUGAAUGAUCCUCCUCAGUGGCAGUCAAUUUUCCAUAGUCCCCUGUUUAUACUCUGAAACGACUGAUUUCCCCCAACCCCGUUCCUUUUAAAAACCAAGUGAUCUCCUUUCUCCCCGUCCCCCUUCCCGAAAAAAAAAAAUUAAAAAUCUUCAGAUUAAUUAAAUUAUGUCUGGUCCCUAGGGGUAUUUGGCCUUCCGUAAACCGUGUAAAGUUUCAAUAGUUUUUACUUCUGUUGUAGUUGUUUUUCAUGUUUACGCUGUUAAAUGUCCAGCCUGUUCUGAUGUGAGCGGUAGAACAAGAAAACUGCUUCAACUCCUAAACCUUUGAGAGUGACUAUCAUCCCUACAUUAUCAGUCCUAAAUCAAACACUAAGAUUAUGAGAGUAAAGCAAAUGAUCUCUCACCAAAUAAGCUCUUGAUUGAUAGACAACUUCUUUUUGUCGUUGCAAUAGCAAAUGUAUAAAUAACAGUACACAGGAUAUUCGUACUGACACUAGGGUGUGUAGGGUGGGUAGGGUGGCUAGGAUGGAUAGUCUGGAAGUGAAACGUUGAAAAUAUUGCCCUCCCCCACUUUUCUGUCCUCUUGUUCAUUGUUUUAAAUGUUCCACAGGAGCUGAUUAAUGUCUUAAAGGGCACAGUGCAGGCCAGAACUCCAUUUGAAGGUAAGGUGUCUAUCGUCAAUGUAAAGAGUGACAAAAAAGUGCUGUGACUGAGGGGAUUAAUGGAUCUGUUCUGUGAUUGAGUUCAGUGAUUCUUUUAAUCCUUUGACACCUAGGAGCUUCUAAUUUCCUUACAAUAUAGCCCUUGAAUCACGCGUGAAGGUUACGUUUUUAAAGGAAAUGAUCACCAACUGAAGAAGCUCUCGAUUGUUACAGAAAUUCUCUUUGUCAGUACUUUGGGAAAUGUAUAGAGAACAGGACGGAGUAUAUGCAUACUAAUGUAGGGCGUGAAAUUGCGACUAAUACAGGCGCCAAUGCGACUAAAUUUUUCACUUUGGCGACCAAAUCCUGAAAAGUAGUCGUCAAAUUGGCGACUAGAAUGCUUCAUCAUAACCAUACCUAGAGAUACGGUGAAUUAAAAAGAUUUACAAAGAUAAAUCCGCGGCAAACGUCCUCGUUAAGUUUGUUUCCAAAACUCAGCGCAUGCAUCUCGAUCGAUAACUAGACGCCAUCUUGGAUUUAGGUGAGCUUGAACGUUGUAUAUCUUCCAUCCUAGUGUCGACUUUGUAGAACUUUGAAGAACUUAAUUUUAGAGGGUCUAUCUAGAACGCUGAUAGCGUAAAAAAAGUUUUUCGGUCUUUAAAAAUGGCGACCAACUUUUUUUGAAUUAGCUACCACUGUGAAAAAUUUAGGAGCCAAGCGGCUAUCAGCAAAAAAAAAAAUUAAUUUCACGCCCUGUAAUGUUAGGUUGUAGAGGGUUAAGAUGUUAACAGCCCUUACUUCUGAUACUGAUCUUUUUGCCAAAAUAAAUAUGGUAUGAAUAACGUUUGAACCGAGCUGUGCUGGUGGUGUUUGAUUUGUGUUUGCCAUUUCUUUAGUUAUCGAUUAUAAAGCGAAACUAUAAUGGAGUAAAAAGUAUGAAGAACUUAAAAAAAAUCGUUGCUUUGAAGUUUCGGAUCAAUAUCAGUGUCUGGACAACUGCCCACCUACCCUUCCCCUAACCCAACAUUAACCUUAACUUGUUGUCAAUUGACUGUUGUUGAGUUAGGGGAGGGGUAGAUGGGCAGUUACCCAGGUACUGAUAUUGAUCCGAAGUUUCUUGCAAGAAAUAGUUGAGUGGUUAGUGCUUUUAGCUUAUCUGCUGACAGGUUUAAUGUUCUUUCCGUUUUAAGAUUCUGAUCUUUCUUUGGGGAACAAAUUACUUGUAUACAUCAGCUGCUGUCUGGCUGGACAGGCAUUCCCAGUAGGUUCCAUCCCUGAGGACUAUGCACUAGACGUGAAAAAAGAGGUAAACGUACUUUUGUUGAAUGCAGUCUUGGAUUUUAUUUCUUUUUCUUUUUUAUUAGGUUUUUUUUCACAACUCUCGUUAAGUAGCUUUAAAAUAAAAUUUCUCAGUGAGUAAGUUACAAGUGUCUCCCUUAGGAGUUCAACGUUUCAGGCGUAAAACCAAAAAUAAAAGAGAGAAAAGUGGUCAGUAAUGUAUUACAAUUUUUCGUUUCUGUUUAAGUUAGAUGGCGACUUGUUCGUACAUGGUUCAAGAGUUCCUUCCUUCUUGGGCUAGCCCAGGAAGGAGCCUAGAUUAUACGGAGACCUUUUGCCAGCUCAAGGCCUCAAACUUUCCCGCGGGCGAAGGAACGCUCGCUUCGCAAGGCCAAUGAUGACGAGCUGCUCGUAGUCUUGUCUGUCUGUCAGUUUCUGAUUAUGUAUUUUAGCCCUUUAACUCCCAAGAUCUCAUUAGUAAUUCUUCCUUCUGUUUGCCAUAAAAUGCUAAUGAUUUCAGAGAAUUUGGUAUUGGAUCAACUUGUAGCCCUUAAUUAAGUUUUCUUCUUUAUUCUCUUCACUAGUCUGCUUUAUUCCGUGUUGAUAUUGUUAGGAGAAAUUCUGUCUUGGUCACUCAUGGGAGUUAAAGGGUUAGUUUUGUUCUUGCCUUCCAGGUGUUCAACUGCAUCACGACCCAAAAUACUAAAGACGGUUUUGAAAGUAAGUGAAACUAUCCAGUGUUGCUCUGUUCAUCACAUCGCGUCACUUUGUUAAAAUUAUUGAUUAUUGCUUUGCCCGUAGGUGAACCUUCAUAUCCACGUUUGCGAGUUUUGUUACAUUUUGAUACCCAAGAGUUCUUGAAUGUUCUUUCCAUGGUAAGUCAGUUCAUUAGCGGCUUCGUCUUUUACAUAGCAUUCUACGGCAUUGCUCAGUUCUUGAAUGUUCUUUCCAUGGUAAGUCAGUCCAUUAGCGGCUUCGUCUUUUACAUAGCAUUCUACGGCAUUGCUCAGUUCUUGAAUGUUCUAUCCAUGGUAAGUCAGUUCAUUAGCGGCUUCGUCUCUUACAAAGCAUUCUACUGAAUUGCUCAGUUCUUGAAUGUUCUUUCCAUGGUAAGUCAGUUCAUAAGCGGCUUCGUCUCUUACAAAGCAUUCUACUGCAUUGCUCAGUAAAAAUUCAAACAAUAUACUGCAAUAUUUGUAGUCAAUCUUUACGACAAGUCAUUUUUCCUAAAGACAAACUUAAACCCAUCGAACCCAAAGAGUAACUAGCAUCUAAUUCCUCCUCACAAUAUCACCCCCCCCCCCCCAAAUCAUACUUUAAGGUCACAAGAAUAAAAAGGCGACCGAGUAAAGACGCUCUUGAUCUUUAAACGAAUUCUCCUAGUCUGCGCCUUAGAAAAUGUAUUGAAAACAGUAUGGAGAAUAUGGACACUGAUGUUAGGGUGUAAAGGGUUAUAGGUACCAGUACACUAGUAAAUGAUUUUUUUUCGACCUAUUAUGUACUGAAUUCGAUUGCAGGCGUUUGAACGGAAAGAUUUUGACGACAAUUUUGAGUAAGUCAAAGAUGUAAAAAUUUGCUUCUGAUAUUUAUAAGUACAUUAAGUUAACAGAAGUGUGUUUGGUGCAGUCUUCGUUAACCAAUCUGCUUCGCAGUCAUGUUUUCAGUUGUCACGCACAGCCUCCUUUUGGUAUGUCACGCAACGCUGUGGAAGGGACAAUGAGGAUAUUACAUGAGUGCGCGUGGAUACGAAUUUUACCAUUCAAUAUUGAUGGCGGUUUCUUGAUUCCUCUUUAUAGCGGUCCAUCUGGUGUCACGCGAAGACAAUACCUUGUGAAUAUCCUUCUUGACGUAAUGGUGCAAGACACUGGCUUUACGGUAAAGUUUACAAAGAACUUCAUGACUGACUUACGUUUCGUUUAAACAAAUUUGCCAUUUUUUUUUCUAAGAAAGCUUUUUUUGCACAGAAAUUUUGCCAUCUUCUUUGUCUCACAAUAUUGUUUGUUGCACACACAGCCAAGCCAAGUUGGAUCGCUGUUUACGUUUCUAGCGCGGCAAAUGGCAAAGCACGAGAACAGAAUACAGGUCAACAAGGUGCUAUUUGAACAGGUGGGACUGUCUUUCGUUUACAAAAGUGUUUUCAUCGUCUAAGGACUCACUUAUUGUCAUUGCAUUUGUACGAGACGUGUCAGAAUAGUGGUUAGCGCAAGGGACUCUUGAUCGACAGCUGCGGGUUGGGCCCUGGCCGUGUCGUCCUGUUGUACUCUUAGAAAAAGCACUUACUCUCGCCAUGCCUCUCUCGGCCUUGGAGCAUAAAUGGUUACAGGCAUACUGUCAGAGAAACCUGACGAAAGAAGCCUCCGACUAGAGUUUAUUUCAGUUUCUGUAGCAUGAAGCGUCUAGAAGUACUUUUACUUCCCCCUGGAUGGGAUGCUAAUCCAUCGUAGGUCAUCUCCAGCCCCGGGAAUUUCGUCAGGGUUCCUCGACAUUCGCCGGCACUCAUAUAUUCUCCUUCCUGCAGAGAGCACUGCGAGAGGAAAGAGUCUUGCCAGAGAACACAACACAAUUAAAACCUGAAGAAAUGCGGAAGGGUAACCUUCGCAUAGAUUGGCCUCCUGUUCAGGGGGGUGGUAGCAGUACACCUGGCUGCUUCAUGCCACUAAAGCCGAGAUAAGCUCCGAGACAAGUGUCGCCUGACGUGUCAACGAAACGUUACCGCUUUUGCCUUAUUAAUUCAUUUUAAUUGCCCUUAUUGCUUUUUUAAGGUCUUGGAGUAUCUUGCUAACCCCGACGAUGACUCCAGACACGAGGAAAGACAACAGGUAGUGUUUUGAAAACUAUUUGUUAUGUUAAGCGAUAUUCCAGAAAAUAUCACAGUGAUAGCGGAGCUCGCAGAGCGCAGCCCCAUAAUUAAACAAAAAGUAGUAACCCAUGAAGCCGAACAAAUUUGGAUGUACGACCGUACGACCGUACAAUGUGCUACUUUUAACAUGCGUGGUCAAGUGUACCGCGGGCACGCCAACGCCACGGCUUUGUCCAGUAGUCCAGUGGUCAGUGCACUGGGCUCCGAGUCGGAUGACCUGGGUUCUAGUCCUGGCCGGGGCAAGGCGUUGUGCGCUUGAGACAUGCGGGAAAAAAAACGAGCUUCGCUUUUAGGCUUGGCUAAAUAUAUAUAUUAGCACUUAUGUAUAUGACAGCACAACUGACCGAUUCCAUCUGUACUUUCUAAUUGGACGAUAGUGAUUUACGUUAAUAUGUCCUAAAACUAUUGUUCAAUCGAAGAUUUUGUUUUUAAAUUUAGAAUUUUCAACACAAAGUUACGCAAUUUUUCUGACGGCGAAUUUUAGAAGCGACGAUUUAAGCAUUCCAUUUUGAAUCUACUACUUGAGUCUCAAACAUUCAAGAAGUUCUUCCUUUUUUUGCUUCUAAACAGCAAACUUAGAUUUUCUAUGAAUAAAGCUUUGGUCUCAAAAUAUUUCGUGGUUGUUUUAGCCUUGCCUUUUAUUCAUAGUAGUACGCGAUUACCUGGUAAAUACGACACGAUUGUAAUAAAACAUUUUUUCCUUGUGUAAGUUCUCUGUGCUAUGUUCUAGGACAAUUGUUUAUGCUUUUGACUGCGAUUAAUCAUGAACCAAUUGUUCUUUUUCGAGUGCAAACGACACGAGCUACGUCGGAUGUGACAACCGUAUCGUGAUACAAACAAGAAUUCUUAAUUUCUUUCCUUUUUUCCUUCUCUUUUUUAGAGGUCGUUGAUUUUUUCUUUAAUUUUGAUAUCUUUUAGGCCUUGUUAGAGCUUUGGAAUGCUGGUGGCCUGAAACAAUUUGAUGACGCCCGCAUACUGGUUCUUGCGGAAAAUGCUAAGUUGUAAGUUAUGUGUGAAGUUUUCGCCAUAAACCGUGCAUUGCCUCAUUGAUGUUGUGGCUUAUUUUUCCUCCAGCUAUCGCGUUUGUGAAAUGUUGUACGAGAGAAAACGGCAAUUCUCCAAAGUGUUAUCCUGUUACUUCAGGGAUUCCUAUCGAGAGGUAGAUAAGAGGAAUGAUUAUGUAGUAGAUAAGAGGUAGAUACGAGUAAUAGUUAUGCUUCCCAUCAACUACGUUUCAUAUGUGAUAGAAGUCCUAAUCGAGCGGUGGACGGGGUGAAAAUGCCUUAAUCGAUGGUGCUUGACUGAUUUGAAAGAGAUUUCCACAAGCGAAAGAGCAUCUACGCCUAAGUUCAGAUUUGUUAGAUCUGCGCGUGAUCGGAGAAAGGAAAACUUAAAAGUAGGCGUGAAACAUUGCUCAAAGAGGAGAGUUUUUCAGCGGUUUGAGUGACAUCUGUCCGGCAAUCAUAAAAUGCUUUAUUGAUUUAGAGAUUUUCCAACAUGUAAUGACUCUUGUUAGAGUUUGCAUUCUCUAUCCACGUCCUAUGCUCGUUUACAGCAUGGUACUUUACAAAGAUUGUCUUCGUGUCCUAUCUACAGCACACGAUCUGUUGUAUGCGAACAAGUUUUACCAAGAGAAUGGGAGACUCUUAAGCUGUUGAUUUUUUUUUUUUUAACAGCACCAGGUUUUCACUUACGUCCAUUAUGUGAUGUCAGAAGACGUGUAUACUGAUCUGGAGAGAGAGGAGCUGAAGGAAGCCACACUCAAUAGUUUGCAGGUUAGUUUUCUCAAGGUCCAAAGUUCCUAGACAAAAUGUCGUAUGUUUGGAUUAUAUAUUUUCCCAAAGUUAACCAACAUAGAGAAAGAUGUUUUUUUCGUCUUGUCACGAGCGUGGGACAAGGAAAAAAUUCUGAGUCCCUAUGAGGAAUGGAACCUCAGACCUUCGGAUUCCGCGCUCCGAUGCUCUAACCACUGAGCCACAGAGACUCCACGGUGAGCGAGGUCUAAUACGAAGUUCAUAUGACACGCGGCCUGCAUACUGCUAGGAUCAAAAAAACUUACCAUCUCUCUCAAGGAGUAGGCAAAUGAAUAUUAUUUAUCAGUUAAACUAUGAUUUCCUAAAAAAUGUUUUACGUUUGUCAUAAUAUUGGUACUUCUACUUUAUCACAUACUUAAUUCUAUAUCUUGAUUUAUAUUUAUGUGCAAACAAGUUUUACUGUUAAGAAAACAGAACCAUCACAAAAUGCGUAGAAGCCCCUAUCCUGUGUUGUUACACAGGAUAGUUUUAUCCACAACCCUACACUGAUAACAGUUUAACACGUGAACGCAAUAUUUCGAGGUAACAAUUUCUUGAAUGGUCACACACUAGGAUCCCUUUCAGAGGCUAAAAAGUUGUAGUUACUUGGUACACCAUGAUAAAUAGUACCACCUGAAAAUACUGCUUUGUAGUUACACUCCAUUGGUUUGCGAAGGCCCAGGUUGUGGGACCUGCUAUGUACAGCGUAACAAGCAUUACAGCCCUUUGAUUGAAGCUGACCUCUUACGAGCAACCGAACACGUAUUAGAUGAUAUGCAGCCCCUUGAAAACCGGUAACUUAGAUUUGUUUCUAAAGGUUAGGAACGUUUUGUAUUUAAACUUUCAGAGCUUUCUUUCAAUCGACUGCGGAAAAAGUGCUCAAAUGAUUCUCACUGAAUUUCCGGAUAUCUUGACUUCCGUUAUCCGUCAGUUAGAGGUGAGUGUGUUGUUGAAUUUGCAGUUAUGACCACAAGCGGCCUAAGCUCCAGCUGUGAGAUAAUCAUCUCACAGCAGGAGCUUGGGCUGCCUGUGUGAUGACAGACGAAUUUGACGCUUUUAGAUAAUUAAAGGCCAAUCUUCAUAUAUGUGGUACGUACUGUGCCUAUGAUAGGAUAAGGAAGAGAAUACAAAAAAAUAUAACGGUUGCAUUAUCGGUUUGAUUUGAACUGUGCAUGUAUAAUUACCUGGUAGAGAUUGUUUAUCUAUUUAUGAAGCCAUUUUUUUAUCUACAUGUAUUUUCAUGCCUAUUUUCCUUGAAGUAAAGUAGUUUGCAAAAGGAGACGAAAAGCAGGAACGUCUUUGGUUGGCGAUUUGCUUAAGAAUGUGCAUGGUCUUGCCAUAUGUUCAGAAAUGCAUGCUUUAAUGAAAAUGGCGAAAAUUCGUCAAAAUCUUCAAUGAUCCGCCGAGCUGAUUUCGCUUUGCCGGAUUUGACUAAAAUUUUUCAAAAUCGUCUUCUCCGCUAAGCUAGUUUCGCAUCGACGAAUUUGACUAAAAUCCGCCCGAAUCGUAAAAUCCAUGAACAUUCACUCGGUGAGACAAAAUUUCGUCAAAUCCGCCAUUUUCGUCACUGCGUGUAUUUCUGGGUAAAAAUGUGCAAGUGCUCUCCAUAUUAUACUUCCCUUCCUUUUCCUUCCCUUUUUUUCGUUAAAUGUUCUUUUCUCCUUUAUUUCUUUCUUUCCUCAGGGACAAUCGACUGUGCAGUAUGAAUUUCUAAAAGGCGUGUUUGAGAAUAAGUGAGCAAAAAAUAUUCUUUAGGAUAAAUUAUAUGUUAGUGAAUUCAAAGAAAUUCCUGAGUUUCUCUCUUAACUGUGAUGAAACGUUACGAGAAUGGACUGGGCAGAGUAUGAAAUUGUUCUUAGUUUAUUCAACUGGCUUAGCGCUUAAAGUUACCGUAUGCAUCAGGUGACAGAAUCUCCUUGAGUGAUUUUUUUUUUCUAUGUUGAUUUUUGUUUUGUUCUGCUUUCUUUCUUUUGUCGUUAUUUGCUUGUUUAUUUCAUGUUUUCUUUUGUUCUGUUUCUUUUUCUGUUUUUGUUAUUUUGUGACAUGGUAUACAAAAAGGAACACCCUUUUAAAGUUCUCAAAAGGAAAUGCUUUAAACGAGUCCUUGAAGCCAAACGGUGUCCGUUGCUUGCUAAGAGAUAGUUUUUUUUUAGCUUAUCGUCACGGUGGGAAUUUUCCCACCGCGAUGAUAAAGAAGCAGGUACCUCUUUAAUUUUUUUUAUACAACGAUCCAAUAUUCUGAAAAUAGAGCAGACGUUCGGCAAUCAUGUUCUAAGUGGUCAAUUAUAUGGAAAGCUCGGUGAUUUUAUUAGUUUGAGCAAUGGAAUGCGUUUCUUCUAUAUUCGAAAGAACUUUCAUGGCACGAGUGGCGUGAUUGAUAUGUUAUUCUAGAAUGGCCGAGAGACAUUGCUGUUUUUCCAAUUAGUCCUUUUUGUCUCGUCUCAUCUUCAUUUCAGAUCCCAGACCCCUAGCCGCCCAGAGGACACACCUGACGCUGAAGUCCACGAAAAAUACAUCGAGCUGAUGUGUAGAUACCAGCCAGAUCUGGUGCACAGUUAUUUAAGAAAUACUGAAAACUACAGACUUGAAGAAACUUUGGCGGUAUGUAUGGAGUAAUCUUAAAAUAUGGCAAUGGAAUGUUUAGAAAUGACUAGAUAUAAGACUUUUAAGUUUCGUUUGCACUAAAAAUUUUGCAUAAUGAGAGAUCACAAUUCCAGGCCUAUAGUUUUUCCACUUUAUCACGAAAAGAAAUUGAAUCAAAAUACAGCCUUAAAGUUAUAACAUUUUGCUUUCAAGAGUGGGAUUGUAAUCGUGUUAUUUAAUGCCACUUGACCUGGCCUUUUGACGUGUAGUUUUGGAUAAUAUGUUGUGAUUUGUGGACUUGAAAUUUCCACGUUAUGCCGUCAUUUUGUAAUCAACUCACGUGCUGUCUUCAAACCGCUUUACUAAGGAAACGCAAAGUACCGAAAAAGCAAUCAAAACUCUUACACAAAGCAUUGCAUAACAUUUAUUUUCUCAUGUUCCAACUGAACAGCAUAGAAUGGGUUUUAAUGAUGGUUAAUAUGAUGAACACAUUUUCUGAUUGUCCCUCGUGCGUUUUGCUUUUUUAUUGUAGAUUGUUCGCCAAUUUAACAACACAUAUGCUACAUCCUAUCUACUGGAGAAGGCUGGCGAUAUUCAUGGAGCUUUCCAGCUUCUUUUAGAGGUACGUAUGCCUGUAUUCUCCUUCGUUGUCAGAAGCAGUUCAUGAUCAUUUUCUACUCUUUUUGCAGACUUUAAAGGUGAAAGUAAAAGUUCUUUGUGAUGUUUUUGAGGAAAACGAAUCACCAUCUUUGAACGGUACAGUGAUUUUUUUUGUAAGAUGUUAUGCCAUCACGCGAUAAAAAUCUGUAGCCCAUAAUCUAAUUUUUGAUUAGUGAGCUGAAAAGGUUAACAUUAUUUCAGACGUUUUCGCUCCAUCUGUUUAGCCGAUUUCAACUAUUUGAUCCACGAAAUUAACAUACGCCACGCACAUAACAGAAUAUGUAAGUUUAUUUUAACACUGAUUUGAAGGGUUCUCUUCCAGAAAUCAGGAAGCUUACUACAAACAUUGAGGCUGUUUUACUAGGAGUUUUAAUUCCUCUGUGCCAAAGAAAUUCUGGGAGACUUGAAGAAACGGACAGAGAGGUAAAGCACAAUUUUGGUGACAAGAUUCGUUGCUCCUAAGAUACAUCUUUCCAACCAGGAGUAUUAAAGAAUACUGAGCAAAGAAGACAAUCUGACACUUUCUCGAGCCACGAGGAAGAAAUUUGUAAAGCUGAAGCAGCGUUACCAGGACCGUAGCAAAAUUAGUCGCCCUCCCGUUCCCUCAUACUUUGCGUAGACCUUUCAUUUCUGUCUGCUUCUGUCAUUAACUUGUACCUAAUCGUGAUCAACGUUGCUACUUUGUUGCUACUUUGUUCUCGUACAACAACAUCCACAUUUAUAAACUAAAAUAAUCCUCAGUGAUGAAGCUCUGAGCCCAGGGCUUAAGGAGCCAAUAUUUUUUUUAAGUUCGUCAUUUGUAGUCCGCUUUGAUACUCUCCAUUUUUUAGCAAUCUUCGUUCCUCUUUUAUAUGUUGUUCUCUUUUUCCUUUUCAUCCACUGGAAGAAACACGAAGUUGAAAGUCUUUACUACUAAGAGCAAAUUUCAUCGUUGUAGAAAAUGACCAACUUUAACGUUUGUGUCUUACCAGGCUUUAUGGUUUCCUCUUCUCGAAACCGUCAUGGCCCCUCAACGGAAAUGUAAAGAUACAACUAGUGCAUAUUUUUUAGGUAAGAACCUUACGUCAUUGUUCUCACAUUGUAGUCUCCUUUCUGAAUAACUUUUAUGCAGUUUCCUAAGCUGAUAUGUAGAUACGAAUGAUUUUUAACAAUUGUGAGAAACUAGUUUGGAAUUAUCACUUUAAGUUACUAAAAGGAAGUUUAAAAAAGAGAGAGAGAGAGAGAGAGAGAGAGAGAAAGCGAGGAGGAACAUUAAAGUUGAAUCGAAGAUAAAACUUAAUCAUGAUUUAUACAUUUAUUGCAGCUUUUAAAGAUCAGACAAGACACGUUUUAAACAGCAUGAUGGGCUAUAUAUCGUUACCGGCCAUUUUACAGAAGAUUAUGCAGGUAAAUUUCCAUUGAUUUAAAAAACAAAUUUCCGGUUGAGUGGCGAAUUGAAUCUAGGAUUGGAUUGGUGUUGGUUCAUUUCGCCUUGUGAUCGGUUCAGGAAACUCCCGCUAUCCUCUCAACCAGUCAGCUGCGACUUCUCUUUUUUUCGCACAUCAAGCUGCUAACUUGUGUUUCCUUUGAUUUCUUGUGAAAUUUGCAUUACUACUGAUCAAAAUUAAUGAUUACUUUUCUUUCUAUUAUUUUUAUUGUUUUAAAAAUAACUCUUGCUUUUUGCACUCUUAUUCAUUCGCUUUCUGCACUCUAUUUAUUUACCUUCUGCGCUCUAUUCAUUUACUUUCCACCCAGUUCAUCUGAACUUAUCUUUUCUUUUCUAUAGGAUCCGACUUACAAUACUGGUAAAUUUGGUGAAAUUAAGGAACUUAUUUUAGGAAUGUUAGACACUUACACAUAUGAAUCGGUGAGUAUUUUUUUCUCUGGGUCAACUCAUUGUUAUGUAUAAUUCUGCUGCAACCACAUUGUCAGAUUGAAAAAAAUAUCAGAAAGUUGCGUGCUUCAAAGCCGAAAGACACCAUCUGACUGGUUGCACUUACACUGUCAUAUAUAUAUAUAUAUAUGCAAAAAAUCAGAAAUUUACGUGCUUCAAAGCCGGAAGAAAACCAUCGAGUUCGUGUGACUGCUCCUAGCGACAAAAUUUUAUGUCAUAGAGAUAUAGAUUUCGAAAUUUUCUCAUGUCACACGAGGUGAAUAGUCGUUGUGUCAUAUCACCUCGUGAGCUUUGACCUUUAACCAUUUUCUUUUUUUCAUCUUCAGACUCUUUUAAAAACAACCAACAAAUUACUCUCUGGGGAUCUUCACUCCUCUCUCAGCCAUCUUAAAAAUCAGAGUAACCAUGGAAUGACACCCAAGUCGUCAAGGUGUUGUAUCUGUCAUAGGCUCUAUACUGAUGAUACUGCAAGUGGUCAACGGGAUGAUCUUUUGAUAUACAGGUGAGGAAGUGAACUCGGCGUCAGCCACUCAUCAUUAAAGUUAUAUCUAUUUUUAAAAACUAUGUAGAUCAUCUUGUGAAACUGAAUUAGCUUGAAAGCGAGGCAGAACUGCUGAAAAAAGACCGGUAUGAAUGUUUCUUUUGAUUAACAGUUCACUUCAAGGUUUUUUUUUUUUUUGGUCUUUUGUUUUGGUAGUAUAUUUGUUUUGUCAUGUUUACUUUUGUGUAUGAUCGAUUUGACAGCUUUUUAUUGAAGCUGGGUCGCAACAUGUAUCUGACGUCUAAAAAUUUACUUGACCAGUACGAUAUCGCAUUGGCAGCAAGAUCUUAACCUAGUCAAUCGGGCUGAUAUUUCCUCUACUUCGGAUGUGCUAGUGCGCAAUUUACUAUCGAUCCAGCAGUCGGAUUUUGUGCCAUGUGGUAUUUGUACGCAAUAAGUCCUAUGUGACAUAGGACUUAUUGCGUACAACUUACUCCCCUGUUUUUCUAAAUUAAGGACGAUAUCAUGAAAAUACCUCACUGACCCCACAUUGCCAGUUUAUUUUAUGAAAUUUUGCUUUGAAAUCUAAAUUCCUCAAGUAAACUCGUUGUGUUACACGUUACGACAUUUGAAGUGCAUUAUGGGAUACUAUUCUUAGGAUCACGCUCUAAAGUUAGUUAUAACUGUAACCUUCAAGUUAUGGCAGCAGUUAUACAAAUUAAGGUUACAAAGACCUUCUCUUUUCAAUGACGCAGAUCUCCUCUAACAAGAAACUCGCUCUCUAAUACAUAGAUAUUUUUACUGUAUGUUGCGUGAUAGAAAGUUUCGUUGCAUUGCGUUACACUAAUCAGUAUCCAGCCGCCCAGCUACUCUUCCUUGGGUCCGAUUUGCCAGUCAAUGUCCCAUCUUUGUUCCUUGCCACAGCCUGGACCACUGCGUAAAGGCUCUUGGCCUCUACUUUAUGCCCAAGCUUCUUUAAUCCUUCUUGGAUCGGCAGAGGCAUGGGGUAAUCUUCGUCGAUACGAAUAUACAUCGGUUGUAACUGAUGGUGGAGCCUGGGAUCGACAACGGCUUGAGGGAGGGUUCGGCCAAACCAGAGAUAAUUCAUUGUAACCUAUGGAGUAAACAAAAAUAACAAACAAUGAAUUAUCGGAAAGCAAGAUCAAGGAAUGUACCUGUAAACCUCUUAUUAUUAUGAAGAACCAAGUUGCUGGUGUCCGUUUUUGAUUCCUUCGCAACUCAACUCUGCAAUUUUUCGAACCUAGACUCUCAAUAUAUAUAUAUACAUAUAUAUAUUUCUGGUGCAUGACAAGACGCUCUCGACAAUGCGUAUUCUAGCAGAAUGCAAAAUGCUCGUCACACAAGAACCUUGUGAAUCUCGCCAACAGGCUCUUCGUGGCUCGAUCAACUGAGGAGUCGAAACUGAGGCAACUCGCGAACAACUUUAUUUUUUUACUCUUUUACCACUUUCGUGAAUUAUGAUUGCCAUCUGCCGUAAAAACUUUUAGUUUCGAUAUUUUUCUGUGUUUGCCUGAUUAACUGAGCCGCAAAAUAAUUUCGAGAUUUUCCGCUGUCUUACCAGGGAAACUGCAGUUGUUAUUUUCGUUCCACCAGACGCACCAAGAACCAAACGUGCCACUCCGCUUUUAUCCACAAAUAUAGAGGGUGUGGUGGAGGAUUGAGGUCUUUUCCCUGGUACGAUCAUAUUUGAUUCUGAUGGUAAAACACCGAACGCAUUUUCUCUCCCUGGAGUCGAAAAGUCGUCCAUUUCGUUGUUGUAAAUGAUUCCAGUACGAGUCGAUCGAUAUUUCGAUCCAUAGCUAAAAGAACAAUGAUGAAAUUCAAUUUACUAUGCUUAGAGAUUCAAAGGCGCGAAACAGAAACAGAAAAAGACAAAAACAAAACAAACAAUCAAACAAAACAGCAAAAAAAAAAAAGACAGAGUAUAGCGAGAUGCACAAAGUUCGACGCAUGGUAUUUUAUAUUUUCUGUCAACCUUCACAUUUCACACGUCACAUUUCGCACUUCAAAUUUUACACUUCAAAUGUUCCUUGAGUAUUCACGUUUCUGUUUUAUGCGUGAUAUGUGGACAGCUCGGUAGUAAACGAAAGUUGCCAAGUGAAAUAACCCUUAUUUACACCAAAUGACCUACUACAGAUUGAUUGUUGUAGUUGCUGAAACAGCGUCGCCAUUUUCUGCAAUAACAGACAAGUGUGAAGUCCCCUGAUCGUUGGAUUUUUGAUAGAAGUCACCGUAGUGUGUGUAAUUUGUGAAUGUGCGGUCGUCCCGGAUCCUCUGACGUAGAGAUUCUGCAAACGUCUCGUUUGUCAUUUCCUUGAGAACCUACAAUGCAAGAUAUUGAAAAAAUGUUUUCCAUCUUUUUCUCUUAUUCUUAGACUUUUAUCUCCUAAGAUCUGAUUACAUGUACUGUUUUCCUUCAUAGCGCUUUACUUGCCCAUGUUUCAGAGGAAAUUAAUCCUGCAUCAAGAUAACGCGUUAGCAACUCAGUUUCAUCACCUGUUCACGGGGUUAUAUUUUAACAUUCUAAGGAGAGGUUACGUUAUAAUUACCUGUUAGAGCUCAUAGGUUAACUAACACCAUAGCAGAUAACACAGUUUGAAUUUUCACUUCUUUUGCGCAAGGGGAUGAGCAGCUUUUUUACACGGUUUCCUCUUACUGAGAAGUUGUACUCCUGUAUUUAGAAAGGCGCUGAGCGUACAGUAUUUCCGGCCACACGACUCGAAGCUCAGAGACGUAUAUUAACAGAGGCCAAAACAUGACAAGGCAUUCUUUGGGUGACUUAAGUCUAAUUAUUCCUUUAGUAUAGCUGUUUUGUUAUCUAAGGGAGAUUGCUAGGAAGAAGAUAACACAAGGGAUCACUCACUGCGAUAAGAAGAGCAUAACCUCCGCAGGCAUCUAGGCUGAAAUUUUUAGGCUCAACCUAUCCGUUCAUAAGAUAUUUUAAUCCAUGACGACUUCGUGUUACGGACCAAUAGCAAGUUAAGAGACACGAUUUUGAUCGAAGUUAUGGGAUUACCUGUGUUACAUUUGCAAAGUCCUGGUCUCCCAACAAAGCUCUGUACGCAUACGCAAACUUAAAAGCCUCUACAAUCCUGUGGUACGUCAAGACCGAAUUCUUUGUCCCAUUCCGAUCAGAUGGCUUCAUGUUGUAUCCUUAAGGAUAUAAGGUGGCAAAACUAAGUGGGUGGCUUGAUUUAUACAGAGGUAUCAGUAGUUUCUGUUGUAAGAAAGUCUACCUCAUGAACGGUUGUAGGUGUGGUCCAGAGAGACCAGAGUUAUGUUGCAAAUCAUGUAAAACAAGAGUGUCUUGCACACAUAAAUUCCGGAUCAAUAUCAUUAUCUGGGCAACUGCCCACCUACCCCUCCCCUAACCCAAUAACAGUCAAUUAAUAACAAGUUAGGGUGAAUGUUGGGUUAGGGGAGGGGUAGGUGGGCUGUUGCCCGGAUACUGAUAUUGAUCCUAAAUGGAUUAAAUUCCUAUAUUUUUUAACUACCCCUGCCUCGGAAAGAAUCUAGCAAACAUGUGUUUUAACAAACAAGCAAGACACCACCAAACAAACGAAUGAAGAAGCACAAGUUAUUAACGACUCUCCUUCCCCGUUUAUACAUAUUACAUUCCAACAUGCAAUCUCAAAUUUAACUUUAUUGUCGAGGGAUCUGUCUUUGAGUUGAAAAAUUUAUGGGAAGAAAUUAAUUUUAACUGUGUCUUUCCUCAUACCACAAAGGAGAAGGGGGGUCAAUUGUCCCUUUAGAGCCCACCUCCCCAUCGGCAAGGCCCUCGUUGUGUUUUCCUACCUUUUAAAAUAUUCAGGAUGAGACUCAGCACCGCACCACUUCCGGGGGGAGGGGUCGAGUACCAGUUGUACUUCCCCAGAGUUCCUUGUAUGGGUGUCUUGAAUUUUGCCUUGUAUUUCUUUAAAUCUUCCAAGGUAAAAAUACCGCCGCCUUCCUUGACGUCCUUUACAAUGUCCUCGGCCAGUUUUCCGUUGUAAAAAUCAUCAGGUUUGUCACGAAUUUUCUCCAGUGUUUUCGCAUACUUGGGCAUGUACAGGGUCUCGCCUAGCUGCUUUAAUUCGCCUUUCUUGUUGAAGAGAAGUUCCCUUUAAGUUAAAAGUAGCAAAUUUUAAUGAUAUGGGGAUUAAGAAAAAAGGAGAAAAAUAUAUUACUUGUCAUUCAAUUGAAGUUUCAUUGUCACCCUCCGUGCAGACAUAGUUAUCUUUGAAGCAAAGCGAGUACGAUAAAUAAAUCUACCGUAGAGAGCAGACUUAUUACUUUGUGUUACCUGCAGGAAAUAUCACAUCCCUUCUUUUUUUCUUAUAAUUAUUUAAAACAGUCAUAGCUUACGAAAUCUGACUUAGAAAGAGUUGACACUCAUUCACACUGCCAAGAAAAAUUGUCAGGCGAAGACCUUUUUCGGGGAACUUGUUUGUGUGAAUAGUACAUGCACAAGCGCGCGUUGUGAAGAAUACUUUGUAGUGUAAAAUGGAACUCAUUAAUUCAAUCCUAAGUCCGAUUAUCUACACAUUUUUACAAACCUCAAGCCGGGAUCUUUUUUAAGAAGAGGCUUGACAGUUGACCUUGCGGCCGCCUUGUAAGCAGCAUAACCAAAUGGAAAUCCUUUUUUGGCCAUGUCAAUGGAAGGCUGCACCAGUUCCCUCCAGGCAAGUUUGCCAUACUUUUUCCAGCCUUCGUAAAAACCUUUCACCUCGCCGGGCACCCCAGAUGCUUUGGGGCCUAACCAGUUUGUAUGGUGAUUUAAAAAAAGUAUAUUUAUAAUGAAAAUAACAAGAUAAAAGUCAGACGUCAAAUAAGAUGAAUUAUCGUCGGGAAAUAAUUACAUGUAAUCAAUUACUUUGAACUGAUUCGAUUUUAUCUGGUUAUUUUACACUCUCGCAACUACUUGACCUUCGAGAUCGGAACGUAGUAGGCAGAGUCAGUGAUAGGAAGUUAAGGUUAUACAUGUGAUAUGAAUUGAUCGAACCCAUCUACCUGAAUAUAGACCGACAAGCACAUGAAUACUGUAUUGAUUAUGGUGAAAUUAGAACUCCCAGGGACUGACUUCUGGAAUUUCAUUUCCAAUUACACACUGUUUCCAUGAUAGAACUCUGUUUCCAGUGAAAUUUGAUUUCUUAGCUCGAAGAGAGGAAAAUUACUCUCCAAAAUGAAUUAAGAUACGUUUCGUUAGUACCUUUUGUUGUAAUAAUAAUUGGAUAGAGAGUUUUAAUGUCUUGGAGGAUCCAUUAUUUGUCAAGUAUAUUUCGACACGGGACUGAUUAUUUUAAACUAAAACGCACCUAAUUUGGAGCCCAUCGUCUCAUUAACAUACAUGUUUCUGUUGGCCUUCCCUGGGGCUUCUUCGCGAAAGUCUAUGACCUCUACAAAUUUAUUGCUCUUGUUGUACACAACCAGGAAGCCGCCUCCCCCGAUACCGGCCGAAUGCAUGUUGUAAACCCCAAUACAGAACAAGGCGGCGAUGGAAGCAUCCAUGGCUGAUCCAUUUUUCUUCAGAACGUCACGGCCUAUCUCUGAGCAUAGGCCAGCGUCUGACGCAACAACCGCGUGUUUAUAGGGGCCAUCCGCUCCUGGUGGACCAGUUGGUGGAGGAGGAAUCCCCACGCUCCUGGUGGGGAUUGGUUCCUCUUUGUAAGUCGUCCAGACAAUCGGGAAUAUAAUUAUAAAUAGCAGCAAGACUGCAACGGUUAUCGUAAUGCAAAUGAUGCCGUUGAGUCUGCGGAAAAAAAAAUAAUGAAAUAAUUAUUUUUAGCAUGAUUUACACAUUUGUUGUUUUAUGAUCGAUCUAAGAGGCUAUGUCAGCUUUGUUUGACUCUGCAGUGGUCUGUACCGGAAGUGUAACAACGUCCUUAAUAGGUACAUGCUAUCGGCACAUGCCCUGGAGACAGGUUCAGACUAUUGUAGGAUGGGCUAUCGUGUUCUUUACCGCAUAAAUCUCCGAACAACUUAUCCAAGUGAUAACCGAAAAAUUACGCGUUUCGUAAAAAAUUUUAGCUACAAACCCAGCCCUGUGUCUAUGUGGCUUGGUCGAAAAAAUUAUUAAUUUGUAAUGUUUUGGGAUCAUCCUUCCUUGAAACAGGAUUUACAGGUCGUGUUUUUGCUGCUUGAAGUUUGUAUGAAUAUAGCCUCCAAUUAACAAAUCUUAGGAAUUAGCUACAAUUGGACACUGCUUUUUCAGUUUCCAUGCGAUUUUAUCGCCCUAAUUCUCCAUCUGCAAAUUUGUUUCGCGAUUCAUGUGGCGGUGCUGCAAAUAUUUGAUUGUCUUCAAAUGUAAUGCAAUUAUGUCAGACUAACCAAUUUUCGUAAAUAUUGAAGAUUUUAGCUUAUCUUGGCAAAAGACUAAGCUGAUCGAGUCUAGGUUUAUAAGCUCCCACCAAUGCAUUCAAGGCUCAACGAGCUGCCGGCGAAAAUUUAAAAAAUUCUUGGCGGCACUGCAGCAACACUUGGAAUUAUUUCGGUCAGCGAGGGGUGUCUGUAAGAGGAUUUUAACAUUUGUGAGGCUCUUGUACGGAUAUUACGAGGCCUUUGAACCUCUGGCUUGAAUCAGUGUAUUUUCAACCCUCGAAACUAACUCGAUAGUAGAUAAUGCCGUAAUGUUUAUUAAGCUUGAAUUGUUUCAGGAAGUAUUUCUGUGUACAGCUAUUUGCAUAAGGUUGUCGGAAAAAGGACAAAGUGCACGUAAUAAUCUCGAAAGGUUAGCUGGGUAUUGGGUAAUCAAUGUUCUUGACUAGGUGGAACAUAUAAAUAUGGACAAAAGGAUUAGUGAACGGGGAAUGAAUACCGGCAUGUACGUGAAUACAAGAAGGAAAAAUAAUGGAACAUUACGUUGUGAAAUUUUUUUCCUUGGGUCACUUCGAAUGAGCUCUUUUUGAAAUUACAUAAUUUUGGCCGCUCAUCUUUAGUUUUUCAGUAAGGUUAGAAUUAAAAUUCAGUCUUGCGAACAAAAUGAUUUCAUCAAACCCGCUAUGUCCUCUACAGUGACAUCUUUUAUCAUUUCCCUGAAGUCAAGGAGUCGUUUUUCCUCGCUCUUUAGUUUUUCAUCAAGGUUAGAAUUAAAAUUCAGUCUUGCGAACAAAAUUAUGUCAUCAAACCCGCUAUGUUCUUUAGAGUGAUGUCUUCCAACAUUUCCCUGAACUAAAAACUAUCCAUAAUGCCUCUCAGGGUUCUGAAUUAAAGCCUCAGUCCGGUCCCAAAGGUAAUCUAUUGUUUAGGCCAUUGUUUUCUCCUUUUAAAGAACUCUAUGCAUAAUGUUGGAUUAUAUGAAAAUCUUGCCCAGUUGCAUUCAAGUAGAACACCUAUCGAUAAAAUCACGAACAAGCGAAUACCUUGAUCACUACAUGGAUUAGUUAAAAGUGCGUUCCAAAUGCUUAACCCAGUGAGCAGUAAGAUUUUAAGUAAAAAGUAAAUAUUGUUAAAUAGUUGUUUACAUACCGACUAAAAAAAAGCAUGCUGACUUGCACCCAUUGUUUGUCUUAAUACGUUGUUAAGAAGCAGCGAAUGUUACGAACCAGCUCAAGUGACCUAACUAGUAAGCUUAAAAAUGACAGAAAGUUUCGAUGAAUCAUUUUCAUCGUACCCUGGUUAAACUCUAUGCUUUGAUGUUGCAAAAUCACUUGUAACAAAUAAAGCGACUAACACAUUGCAAUGCAUCGAGCACGUCGACCUCUGCCCUUUUAUCAAGACAUCUAGAAAUCUCUCGAAUUAGCUAUCAACAGCAAGCUUUAUGGACAUCUUUCUCGAACAAACUAUUGACUCUGUGACUCAGUCAAAUUAUUAAAUCUGACUGUACUUCGGCUUUAACCGAAGCCGACGAUCUUGUUUUGAAAUAGCGGAAGGGACCACCGUGCAAUACAAAAGGAUUUCCUUCUCACCCAGAUGUCAUUUUCGCUAGGCUUUACCAAUAGAUACGUGUUAUACAUAGUCAGCGGGUUCAUUUUUCCAUCCUCCUUUCGUAUCUAAUCGCACACAUUUCAAGAUAGCGACUCUAAAACUCUGGUUCACGCGUUGGGCGAUGAUAGUUCUCAUUUCUUCCGCGUGGUGUGGUUUUGAAUGCUCAGUUUCUUAAGGAGGAACUUAUCAACUUUUGUCUCAAUCGGCGUCUUUUUGCGACUAAAUGGACUGAAUAGUGAAAUUAUUAAACCUGACUGUACUUCGGCUCAAACCAAAGCCGACGAUCUUGUUUGGAAAUAGCGGGCGGGACUACCGUGCAAUACAAACGGUUUGUCUUCUCACCCAUCUGUUAUUUUCGCUAAGCUGUAGUAACAGAUUCCAUCGUCCUUUCCUAUCUACUCUGACAGCUUUCAAAAUAACGACUCUAAAAAUCUGGUUCUCAUGUUGAGCGAUGAUAGUUCUCAUUUCUUCCACCUGGCGUGAUUUUGAAAGCUCAGUUACGUUAGGAGGAACUUUUCAACUUUUGUAUCGGAACCCUAUUGCGACCAAUCUUUGAAAGAACCGCCUUUCACCAUAUUGCCAUUAUAAAUAUUCCAGUAACACAGCGAUCUGUUGCAUAAGAACUUUAAGACGCUGUUGCAGCCGCCAAACUCGCGUGAUUUGAUACUCACCGUCUACGUCUCUCUGUCAGGUUACUUGAAAACGAUUCUUUAUAUUUACCUUCCUCCAUUCGGCGGCCAAUUGAUGUAAUAUCUAUAGCGAAACAGUGGAAGCGAAAAGCUCUACCUUAGAACUGUUCGGGAAAAAGAAGUUCGUUGAAACGACUUGUUGUGUGUUUGACUUGAAAAUGAAACACAGGGGUCAGGUUAAGGACUAGGGCAAAUUUAGAUCAGAAGGUAAACAUUUCCAUCAUGAAGACGUCACUCGUGUAACCAGAGGUUCUCCAAGUUAAUAAAAAAAAAAAAAAAAAAAAAAAGAAAGACAGAGGCAUGAGGGCUUAAAAUACCUCAUAGUUGCCGUUCUCGCGUUUGGGAACCUAACCUCACUCAGGCAACGAGUGAGGUGAAACUUACGAGAAAGAUCUACGUGACAAAAGAAUAUUUUUUGAGGGUUUGAAAUUUUUUGAGAACAUCUUCCUUUUUUCUUGUGACAUAGUGCGUAAAGUGCAAAUGUUAGGCUGUUGUAUUAGGGUAUGAGUUAUUGUGGAAAACAAUUUGCGUUAUAACAUAGCUAGUAUAUUUGUCUGAUCAAAUUCAAUUGCGCGAGCGUGCUUCAUAUUCCUAUUUUGCACACUCAUGGCGUCAGCAAACAAAUCCCUCGAGAAAAAUUUUCCUUCGGGUUGAAAUGUUAUAAAACAAUUGGUUCAUACGUCAGCUGUGGUUUCAUCGAGAUAUGAAGCACUUGGGAAGUUUGGAGAGCACUCAAGAAGCUAGAGUCGCUCUCGGCUACGCUUCGAGCAACUCUUACGCAUCUUUCGUGCUCUCCAAACUUCCCGCGUGCUUCAUAUCUCGAUGAACGCUCUCUGACAUAUGAACCAAUUGUUAAAUAUAAUUCGCUCCUUGCCGUCUUCCUUUCAGUUGUGUUUCGUAAUUUCACACUGCUGUUUUUUUUUCUAAUCAAAAAGAGCAGAGAUGAUAUGUCAAGAGCUGUCUCGAGUUGACAGACUUAAUCUUGCCGACAGACCAUUGUCGCUGUGCGUCUCACGGAAACUGAAUUAACAUUUUGUUAUUCUCCAGAAACACAGGACAUUCGCAUAUUUGAUAUUAUGGUAAAUCUAUCAAUAACGCAUAACUUCCUUCUUGCAAAAAAGAGUUUUACUCUGGCUUGGCACUCAAACGAGGAAUGCGUGAUGAGAUCUAAGUAACUAGCGGUAACUUUGAUACGAACAGUAUUUCUAGACAUUUCCUCGCUAAGCCGAGCGUGACCUUCGUUAAUUACCAAAUGCUUAAGGAUCUAUUCUUUUGCACUUUUUGUCUUAUUAUUGAGCUUGAUAGAACUGCUGUCUAGGGCGUCAGAAUUGAAAAAAAAAUUCGUAAAAAUAUAAAGCAUGUAUCACGAAGUAUCGCAAUGUAAGUAUUGAAAAUUAUAUUUCAUCCUCCGGAGCAAAGAGGAGCGAAGAACUGAUGUUUGGGGGUGCGAAGGAAGAGGAGGGCUGGGAACAGGUGGUUUAUUCGGUCAGAUUCUUGUAGCGAAAGGGAUAAUCGUUGGACUUCGCCUCUUCUUAUGGAACUUCAAUAGACGCAUUAUUUUUUUAAUCUUCCAAUUAGGAUAUGUUGGAUCUUCAUAUGUCUGGAUAUCAUUAAAUUUUGAUUUCGAAUGGCAAGCUUUUGUUUCUGGUUUAGCUCAGAGCAAGCAUAAGUUAAUUGAAUUCUGCAACGUUCAGGAGCUUUUUAGUUACUAUCUUUAGUUACUCUUUUGGUUUCUUCAGGUGUGGCCACGUAUAUCAUUCAGAAUGUAUGGCAGGGACUACCGGAACUGAGGGAAAUUGGAUCUGUAUGCUCUGUAAUAAAACUGGGCUUUCGCGUCUUUCUUCGUGGAAAGGCAAGAGAGUUCUGGGGAAGUCAGUGAAGCCAUUGUCACCCGGAUCUGUGCAGGUAUGUGUCAUAAAAAAAUUAUCCUUGUUGUCUUAUAUAAUUCGUAGCACACAGUUGAGGAGAAUAUAGGAAAUUCUUUGUUGGCCUUAUAUGACUGAGUGACACUGAAGCCUUAACAGCUAAAAGAUUCCCUAUGGUGCAAGUACUUUUUUUUCAUCAUCGACAAACUUUUACUAGCUUUAUUGCAACAUUUUUAAGCAAAAAAUUUUCAACCAAGCUUAUUCAGUUUCACCUUUUUUUAAGCAAAAUAUCUUCCCAAUGGUUGACAAAAUUAGUGUAUAAAUAACGCCACCUUUCUUUAUGAUUUCCUCGUGCAGAAGUUCAAAACAGAAAGUUCUGGAGCGGCAAAGAAGGAGGAUCUCUCCAAGGUAAGGAGGGGUUGCUAUGUUGUCGAGAAAUAUGAACUUUUUUUAGCUUCCAUAGGCAUGGGUGAAGAGACUAGAACUGCUAGGGGAAUCUUUUUAAGGUUAUGAUUUUUUGGUUAUACGUUGCCAGUUGUCCCUUGUAACACCAACUGGAUGAAAUAACCUAAUUCCUAUUCUAGAAACAGUCGACUCUCACCCUACGGACACCUCGCUUUUACAGACAAUCCGCCAUUGCGGCCAAGAGCCAGCCCCCCGGCGAAACGCACAAAGAAAUAACAGAAACAAACUCCCGUUAUUACGGACUCUCACUAUAGCGGACACUUAAGUAAUUCGCCUAAAAUUUUGACUCUCAUAAUAUAAAGCGACAUUACGAUAAAUGAAAAUGAAGAAACCAUUCUUCAAUUGGGUGUGAACAGGAGGAUUUCCUUCUUGUUGCCGAAUAGAUUUCCGGUUCGUGAGGUCACGUUAGAAGCGUUAUGUUUGCGUCGUUACACAUUCUUUGAGAGCAUUAUUUACAACACAAUUUUGUUCCUCUUGUUCCCCGCUACUACGUACUCUCGCCAUUACGGACAUUUAAUCUUCCCCCGAGGGUGUCGGCAAUGACGGGAGUCGACUUUAUUUCAUUUUGAUUGUCUUGUGUUCAAUUUUUUUCCUUCAGUUUUCUCUGUUUCAAAAUAAAACAUAGGAUGUGGAAGUGGACUCUGAAACACUUCACGGUUCCUUACGUAAACUUACGUUUUAUUUAUCCUUCUUAUGUCUCUUCUCUUGACAGACUGAAAGAUCAGUGCCUUCACUUACGCAGCAACAAUUCGAGGCAGUGUCUAGGCUGAAGGCACAAAACAAAGAUGUAUCGCGGGUAAUUAGAUUGACUAUUAAUGUAUCAGAUGAUCUUAAACCCUAACUACCAAAAAUGAGAAAGGUCUCUUUGAUCAUAAUCAUCUUUGUCAAAAAUCGGAAUAAUAAUGCAACGAUAAUGGUGCAUUCAGUCGUUUACCUUCUUUCGAUGUAAAGUAUUUAUGUUUUUUUUUUCAAUUUUGCUUUUGUUUUGUUUAAUUGGUUGUUUGUUUCUGACUAGUUUAAAAGGUGGCGCUACUUUCGACGCUUAAUUGUAAACUUUUUUUACUCAUUGUCGAUCUUCAUACUUAACCAUCCUAAGAUAAGAGGAUGGUUUGGGAAUUCCCGGAUUGAUUGGAUUACAGCUUCGACACGGAUUGGUCGAUACAUUCUCAGUUUCCUGUUGAACUGUGAAAUACCCUGACGAAGUCAGUUUAAGCGCACUCCAUCAGGAAAUUUCCCGCUCCUUUAAAGAUUGAUCAGACUGGAGAGAUGGUGAAAACCAAGAAGGAUUACUUUAAAAGAGAUGGAGAGAGACAAAUGUCGGGGCCAUCGAAAUACUCUCGGCGCUAAAUUGCGUGCCUCAUCAAUGUAUGCCGGCAUAUAUUUAGAUUUCUGGGAUUCUAUGGGGAGGCUGGGGUUAUGAUUGAUUUCUCCUUUUUAGAAGACGUUUCGGCAAUCCUGGGUAAAAAUACCACAGUAAAAAACUUUAUGGGGACUAGGCAUGAGUUUACAGCGCUUAGAAUUCCAGGUCUGGUUGAGUUUCAGCUUUUUCCAAUGUGGGAUUGGUCGAUACAUUCUCCGUUUCUUAGGUGAGCGGUGAAAUACUCUGACGGAGUCAGCUUCAGUGCACUCCAUCAGAAUAUUUUGCGCUCGCUUAAAGAUUGAUCAGGUCGGGGAGAUGGAGGAAUUUUGCAUGAUUACUUUAAGAGAAGUAGAAAGCAAGACAAAUAAGGUGGCCAUCAAAAUCCACUCGGCGCGUGCAUCGUUAAUGUGUGCUGGCGUACAUUUAGAUUUCUGGGAUUCUAUAGGAAGGCUGUAGUUAUGAUUGUGUUCUUCUUUUUAUUUCCUUUCUAUUUCAGUUGGCCAUUUUAUCAGAGUUAUCAAGGUCAAGUGAUGCUGUUAGUCAUACUUACGGCAGUCGAUCGACUAGCUCAGGCAAUAUCUUUGAAGACGAACGCUUCAGACUGCAUCUUGCCCCGCCACGAGAUUAGAAUAAUUACAUCAAUUGGUGAGAGCUAAGUGCCCUUGUUAGCGAGACGUCAAGGUGAGAUGAGCUGGGAAAGUUCGGCGUCACAUUUAUUUUCACUUUCUUGUUUCCCUCGGCUCGUGGACUUGUCAAGAAACGUUUGUUGGUUCCAUAAGUUAAGUCAACGUCACCUCGCAUUGGAAAUUUUCUGUUGGAGAACGGUUUUCCUCAAACCUUUGGAACUUCAUUGCAAAUUAUCUCUAUCAACUUACCUACGUCCUCUUUGUCAAAAGUCGCCUCAUUCAAUAACUGGCGUAUGCAGUUUUGGACAAGUUGACUUGUCAAGGGAAAAAUUGUGAAUGAAAACCUGCUGGUGUAAAGGCUGCAUUGUGGUGAUGAAUUGAUGCUAGUUUUCUUGUGAAGCCUUCAAGUUCAGUUGUUAAUGAAAUUGUAUACUUUAUUGCCAUGACUAUGCAUUAUCAGCCAUGUAAGUCAUGGGACUAUUGAUUUAAGUUUUUCCGGGAGACAUACUUUGAGGAAUGCACGUACAUGGAUGAAGUAUCUUCAUUCAUAUAGCAGCGUUAGGAACGAGUUGAACUAAUGCUGCUAUACGUAGCAUUAUUACAGAACCCUGCUUAAUUCAGUUAAGCGUGCUUGUAAAAUAUAUGUUUUCUCUGGAUUUGAUUAUCGGUCGUUUCGCACCCAGCUAGGUCGAUUCGUACCUAGUUAGUCGGGUCGUUUCGUACCCAUACAAAUAAAGUAUGUUUUCCAUGUUAGGAAUGUUUUAAGUAAGAAUGGAAAAGACAAAAAAACGAGAAUCAACGAAUUUGUUAUCCUUAAUAACAGAGGGAGAAAAAAAAUUCACAUUCACAAUAUCUGCAUGUUAUUAUUAAGAAAAUGGCAAGUGUAAACAAGAGACUGAUCUAUUAAAAAAAAAGAAAAAAAAAAUAUAUAUAUAUGUAUAUGUCAGAGUUACCUUGCACCAGGUAACAAUUCGUUGUUUUCAGUUAGGUGGUCAAGGACAGAAUUCUGGUUGUAUCUUGCUCGCAUGAUUUUACCAACUUGUCGUGUACAGCAAUCACCAUUUAUUCACGCGAUCGCGCUUGAGUAAUUUCAAAUGAAAGUAUAUUGGAAUGGGUACGAAUCGACUCAAACUCGGUACGAAUCGACUAAAUGUGGUUGCGAAACGACCGUGGGUACGAAACGACUGGAUGGCCUGGAUUUAAGUCACGAACUUGGCCUAAAAUGUCCUUUUAACGCGAGCAAGGAAAUUUUUAAAAUUGAGAUUAGCACAAGGCCUUUUUCAAACGCUUUUAAUAGAUAGUUUCAAGAAGUCUUUGGAAGUUAAUGCCAAAAUUUACAUUAUUAUUCAUAAAAAAGCAUUCAUGCGCUUAACGAAAAUAUUUUUAUCUAAGGAAAUUGUUGAUGUUGCAAUAUAUUUUGAAAAUUAGGAAAUGUAAGUAGAAAGGGAAGAUUCUUUGUGCGUUCACUUUUACAAUAUAAUUUACAAGAAUUUCGCUUUGAUGCUGCUUUGAAAAAGCGGAUUGUACCAAAUUAUUUAUAAUAAAAUGAAUGCACGCUUACCUUUUAUAUUUGUUCGCGAUUCUUUUUUUUCCCCUAAUAUUGCGCGAGAGCUUUAAGCGGAAUAAGAUUGUUAAACUUUGCUAUUGGUAGGAGAGUCUCGUUGCAAAAAUUCCGUUCUCUUGGGACUGAUGAACUAAAAUUUUUUAACUCUGAUACAUCGACAAGCACAACUUACUCCUCUGCUUCGUUCGUACGCACGUAGAUCCCAAGAAAAGUCACUGGCACUGGAAAUUUAGAUUCGGUUGAUGGUGUAGCCCGAUUAAGUCGGGCUAUAUCCGGGUUCUCAUGGCUUUCAUAGUGUGGAGAGAGAGAGAGAGACUGGCGAGAAAAGGUGGAAACGAUGAGACAUGUAGAAAAGAUAGGGUUUUUCGUGCGCACAACCAGAAGAAGGAAGAAAAACAAUAGAUUGAAAGCCGCUUUCAAAUCUUGGCUACUAUCAUUGUCAUUAUUAAUAUCAUCACAAUUCAUUCCAGAACUUGAUUCCUACGCGCAAGUCGUUUGUAGUCUCUCCAACAUCGACAAACAGACGGCAGGUGAACAAACAUUCCAGUAUUCUCAAAAUUAGUGCCGGUUUGAGCGCUUUGCGAUUGGUUGGCGAGAAUGACAUACAGCAGGAGAGUGUUCAAUAAUUCACAGUUAGUUUGUUAGAAUUUUCCCGCUCAACUGGGAAAAUACAACCAAAAUUUGUAGUCGAAUUCAGCCCUUUUACUAGCUUCUGGUUAGCGGUUGAGGUCCGUAGCCGUUGAUUUUAAAUGCUGAUCAUGGUGUGUAAAAGACCCGGUAGAGACGCGAAAAUAUCUUUGGUAAGAGGCAAAUUUUCGUCUUUUGAAUUUAACACCACAUUAUGGCGACAAAGGUUUUUAAAUCACUAAAUUCGGAAGUGAAUUAACUUUUAUGUGAUCUUUUCUCCAGCUCUUGAGACUGGUGGUUUUACUCAGAGCCGGAGCACAUGAGUACGUCCAAACUCCAAAAGGUAAUUUUACUCUGCAGAAAAUGAAUAUAAUAAAAUAAAGAUAAACUUUAUGCAGAACUGCAGUUUGUUGUUUUCCAGAAACAAAAUGCAAAGACAUCUGUUUGAAUUAUAUUUAUUUCAUUUUACUUUAGUAAUUUUUUUUUUUAAUGUGAAUACGUUUUUAUGAAGUUAUUGUGACUUUUGAAAUUAACAAUUUUUAGCUAUUUUCCCUACGCUAACGGUUGUUAUUUACUUAUCCUCUUUGAAAUAUUUCACACACAGUUACUCAAUACCUUGCUGUGAGUUUGUUGACACUUCAAAUACGAGAUUCUUCUAUUGAGGAAUAAGAAAUUUCAAAAAUUACUUUCGGCAAUUAAUUUGAAUUGCCUGCAAUGUUUAACGCCUCGUGGUUAAGUGACGAUUUACAAAUUUUAAAACCUAUCUAUUUUGUUCGAACUGAGUUCGUGUUCUAUCUCGGCAAUUUAAAGCUGUAAAAAUUUAAUGAGAAGCUUCAGAAAAGACGAGACCACAGUUAAUUGUGGUCCGUAUAGCUUUCAACUAAUGGUUGCAGUGUUGUAAUUUGAUCGCGUUAUAUGAAGGACUUAGAAAUGAGGUUUUCCUAAAUGUGUUAAAAAGAUUCUUAUAAGAAACAACUAAUUUAUAACAAUGUCUGCUUUGUUUAAGAAAUCGUUUCUCAUCAAUGUCUUCUAUGCUUCUGAAAAUUGAGACUGUUAAUACAUAUUUUGUAGUUUUGCUUUUCUUUAUUCGCAGAAUUAUUACAUUGCUUCUCUUUAGAUUGGACUUCCCUGUCGUAAUUUACUACAUUACACACAUAACGUGUCUGACACAAACUGCUUUCAAUUCCAUUUAAUAACAUCUGAGCUCUCUUUUCAUUUACUUUGCAUCUUAAUGAGAAUAAAUUUUUUUAACCCCUUUUCUGAGUUUUCUGGGAUUUUUUGCCGUGAAACAAUAAUAGCUGCAAUUUUUAUUGAAGUGAUUUGUUUCUUAGGAUGACAGUAGCACAUUUUUUAUCUUUUCAUUUCGUCCGUUAGAAUGUACAGAGGAAAUUUCACUCAAGGGCAAGAACGGAAGCUUCACCAGUCCAGGUGGCUACCAAGGUUACCCUAACAACACUGUGUGCAGGUGCAAUCUCUCGUUCAAGUUAAACAAGAAAAAGAUAAAAUGCAAAAAUAGAAUAUGGCAAAGAAACGCAACUUGCUAAGAACCACCUCAUAAUCUCGGUCCGCGAGACUUGGAUGAUUUUCUUUAAUCAAGAAAGAAAGCGAUACAACUUGAUAUUCCCUGACAAAAGCCAAUAAAAUUUGAAAUACGUAAUUGCCAAGGUACAUUCCCCUAUGACUGUUGUCACCCAAAUCCCACCUAAGAUCAAGGAACUGUGAAUUUGACAUAAUACAGACGCGUUUCUUAUUAUUUUAACCUUUUGAUUCUGAAGGACUGAUAGUUAGUUCUCCCUCUAACUGUUAAGCAUUUCCUUCUAAAUCAGUUAAUGGAAUUUAGUGUCUUAGCUCAAGAUAACAACCUCUCAUCGAUAAGUUUGAGUAUUCUCAUAACCUUUUUGCUGGAUGGUGUAUGAAUACCAUAGGGUGAAGUAACAUGUAAAUCACUUCUGGGAGUUAAAGGGCUUAAACGAAAUCUGUAACAAACCUUUUUACUGUUUUACAUUCAGAUGGUCUAUUACAGCCACAUACGAUGCCGAAAUUCGAAUUACCUUUCACGACUUUGAAUUGGAAUGGAGCAAGACAUGUAUCCUGUAUGAUUACGUCACGGUGUCCGAAAAGUGUCUUUCCUCGAAAACCUGGUCGAGUAACCUAGGAUCUGGGGAUAACGUGGAUGGAUUUUGCGGAAAAAUGACGACAUUCAAUGUUACAGCAAGCUGCGGUAAAGUGUUGAUAGAAUUUAAAUCUGAUGAUUCUAUAACAGGAAAAGGAUUCAACGCUACCUAUGAAGUUAUUCCACAUCCAAGUAAGUGGUAUCCUUCCGCCUCUCCCCCCCUCACCAUCAUUCUCUAUUUUCCAGCCGUAUGUAUACGUAGUAAUAUUUUUGAGAAGUGGUCUAGGUUUAAGGUGACGAUGAGGGAGGAAGGGGCAGAGGAGAUUUAUUUCGAGUUAAAAAUGUUACAAGUUUGUAUGACUUUCACCUCCUGGAAUUUAGGCUUAUUAUCUUACAGCUUUCUAGCUUAGAAAUUUUCGUUGCUUGGAAAAACCUUUCACUUACUCCCUGACCUCUUUUUCUUUU